CAGUGCGCAUGCGCGGCUGUCAGCGGCCGCUGCCGAGAACUGGGUCGGCGACGUCACGGGCAGGGGGCGGAGCCAAUUUCAAAACCAAGAGCCAAGAUGGCGGAGCUGGGAUCGUUGAGGAAUCGGACGCGACUCUCUGCCAGGAAGAUCCAGGAUAUGAAUCACGUUAACGGGCCAGGUAAGGCUUUUUGGAGGUUCGGAGGGAUGGCUUGACAGAUAAACAAGCCGGACGCUGACAUGGCGGUCCCUGCAGGCUGUGUGAGUGGGACGCUGUCACCGUGACUCUCUGCCGGCAGGGACAGAGUUAAAUGGAAUGCGCGCACACCUGCCAUUUAAAUAUAGAAGAAGGAAAAAAAAAAACCAAACGGCGUCUCGUGCCGGUGACCGUUAGUCACGCUGACGUGAUGCCCGCGCGCUCUCUGUACCUGUGACCCUUCUGUGGCUUUAACCUCAUUCUCUCCCCCCCCCCCGCAUCAUGUUAUUAACCCGCCGCGUGCCUGUCGCGAUCCACGUGACCCAGCGCUCAGUGUCCGUGCGGGCUGAGUGCCGAACACCUGUGCCGACUCACUGCUGGCACGCGGGGGGGGGGGGCUGUCAGCAUCACAACAAGAACAUACAUGGCCAUGGGAGCAGCAGGCUGCCAUUAUCACUGUGUGUAUACAGUGUGUCCGGGGAGGGCAGGGCUCAUACUGGCCUUUAUUCAGCAUAUAGUGGGGAAUGAUGGUCAUUCUAGGCCAGGGCUUACACUGGGAUAAUAGGCCAUCAUAGCCCAGCUACAGCUCGCUCAGCAGGAAACUUCUCCAUAAUGAAAUGAUUGCUAAUCUGUUAUUAUAGUAUAUCAUACUCCCUAUGGCAGGAGCAAGCAUUGUAAAUACCAGCCACUGUGAUAUUUUCUAUACAGUGCAUCAGCUUCAUAACAUGUUGCAUAGACACCUUCAACUCUUAGCACCACUUCUCACUACUUUACAUAUUAAAUCACAUGUUCACUAUUAAUCCCUGGAAUGGUAAUAUCAGUCUCUCUACAAUGACUUUAUGGACAUCACAUUCCACAUAGAAACCCUUUACAUGCAGCAAAUGGCUACAAAUAGUCCUUCAUGUAGUCUCAGUUAAAGGGAUUCUAUAAGGAAUACAAAUCUGUAUUACUUACAUUGUACUUACCUCCGCACCCCCACUCUUUGUCUCGGCAAGGGUUAAACCCCCCCCACCCCCCCUGUAACACUUACCUGACUCCAGCCUUGCUAUCCCUCAGUGCUGGGUUGGUGCUGUUCCACCUCUGAUGGUGGGUAGCUAAUGCACAUGCGUGGCCAGUGAAUUAGGCCCUCCUCAUGGUAAAGCAUUCUUUCCUAUGGGGAGAGUCCCCUCACGCAGGAUGUGCCUCUAGUGACUAUUUGACAGGCACUAGAUGCAGUCUUAGUCCUUCAAUGUAAUCAUUGCAGUUUCUAUAAAACUGCAAUGAUUUACAAUGCUGGACAAAAGGGGUCAGGCACACCACACCCAAACCACUUCAAUAAGCUGAAGUAGUCCGAAUGCCUAUAGUUUCCCUUUAACCAUUAUUCAUUGCAGAUAGCCACCCUUUAUGUUCUACAGUUCCUGAGUUCAAUGUCUGUGCCUUUGGCAUUAUGUACCUGUGUAUGUGUCAGAACAUCAUUGCAUAUGUGUAUAGGGUAGUUGUAUUGUGUGUAAGGAGGCAUGAUUGUGGUUUUUGUAUGUUGUGUUUAUGGUCAGUCUGUUUCACAGGGUGACUGUGAUCGUGUUUGGGUGGCUAGGUGUGUUGGGGGAGGGGAAUGAGUGUGGUAGGGUAUGUGGCGUGGUGAGGUUGACAAGGUCGCGGAAUGAGUGACUGCGUCAGGAUGAGUGAGAGUGACAAUUAGUACGGAUAAGUGUAUGGAAGUGACAGUAAGUGGGGAGGCUGUGUUAAACAGUCUCCCCACCCUCUGUCUUUUUAAAAUAUUUUAGUUGCUCCACUCCAGCUUACCUCCUGGGGAGAAAUUUAACGGCACAAACACAUUUUCUGGUGGGCUUUUGCAGUCCUGGUCCGGCGCUCUGUGAUGACAGGAAGAUCUUUUCAUCAGAGCUGGAGCUCCAGGUUCAGACAGGGGCCCACUAGGCCAUUGUGUGCGCAUUAACCUAUCUUAAUGCACCAUAAUGGAGGUUAUGGGUGCAUGGUAAUAAUUCAUUACUCAAUCAUUUAAGUCAAUUUAAUUGCAUUUUUUUAAUUUAUUUUUUUAUUUUAGGUUUUAUAUUUGGGGGUGAGAAUGUAAAUGGGUGCCUACUGGCUGUACAGGAGAGGUACAUUUUGGAGCAAAAACUGGCAACCGAGAGAGCAAUACUGCAAGCACCAUAGCCAGAUUCCCCCUCCUGUAAGUAGUCACCGUUUUAGAAUGACUGCCACUCCUUGCCUCCGUUACUUUAGAAGGAGAGCGGGAAGCUCUCUGCCUAAGCCCAGCAGUGCAGGGUAUAACUCAUUGGCUGAGAGCAAUCUGCUUACACUCCUAGCAAAUGAGCAGACUUGGCACAAAAUAGCUAAUGGACAUUCCUGCUUAGGAGCUUCCAGGUCUCUAGUUGUGGCGGUGGGGAGUGUUUCCCAGUGCACUUAAGGUAAGAUAUAAUGUUCAUCUGGGCACUCCAGACACCAAACGUUAAAAAAAUAAGUUUAUUGGUGUUGUAAUUUAGUGUAAUGAAAGCAAAGAAAAAAGUCAACAGUAUAAGGUAAUACUGUGGAAGGGAAAGGGUUAACUGUAGAGGAUAUAGCAAGGAAUUAAAUAGAACUGUGCUCUUUGUGAGUGGUUCAGUUUUUGCUGCUUGGUUUUUUGCAACAUUUUAUCAGCAUUGAAACAUUGUUUGUAAAUAGUGAGUUGCUAUACUCAGAAUAAAGUACUCUAAAAUACUGCACAAAAGAGAAUUUUUUUUUUUUUUUUUUUUGUAGGAGCUUGUCCUUGGGGUGCAAAAAAAACACCCCAAACAUGUUUUUGUUUUUUUUUAAUCAUUUUGGGCAUUAUUACAAUUUUUAAGGAGCAAUUCUGGUGCCGUUGUAAAAAUGAAGCAAUUGGCAGAAACUUUAGCAUGGCAACUUGAGCACCAGUGUUAAACAUCUAACCAAAAGAAAAGUUUCACUUCGGUCUGUGGGCAGACACUAGGGAAAUAUUGGCUCCAUAACCACUGCAACAUGCAGUAGAAUGAAUGGUGUUUAGACUUACCAUUUACAUUUUUGUCUAUAGUAUCGGCGUGACCUAUAAAGUAACCUAUAAUAUAUACUGUCAAAUAUUUUUCUUAAACCGAUUUAUCCCUGGUUGAUUUAGAUGUGUACCAUGGAUCUAUAUAUGUCUCAUCGAUUGAUGGACUAAAAUAAGUUGGCGAUGGCUGUCUCUUCUACAGUUUCUAAGAGUGUAUUAAAGGACCGUUAAAGUCACCCAGGCCUGGGGGCCGUGGUCUUGUCCUUUUAACCAUUCAUAGUAAAAUGUUUGCUGUUUUGUAGAAAUGGCAAUGUUUACUUUGAAGGGUUAAAUGGAAACUAGAAGUGGAGUUAACCUAUAAAGGUAAUUAUUGCAGUUUAAAAAAAAAAAAAAACCUGCCAUAAUUAACUUUGCAGUGUUGUGUGCUUUGACACUGCACCCACUUCAAUGCGCUAAAGUGGUCUGGGUGUCUAUAAGGACACCUCCAGAGGUUGUUACAUAGACCGCCACUGGAGGCGUUUACGCUUCAAGAAACUAGUAAAACAUGGUCAAGUAAUGUUGCAACCCCAUAGGAAAGCAAUGAUUUCUUAUGCGGAAGCUUGGAUGCGCUUGCGGCUAUUGUUGCACUUACUCAUCAGGUCUCCAGUGCUCCGCUAUGAGGAGCAUUGGAUUGGACUAUACCGGACAAUACCACGCCUACCCCAUUAGUUUAAAGGGAUUCUCUAGUGCCAGGAAAACAAACCCCUUAAGACACUUACCUGAAUCCAAUGCCGAUGUCCCAUGGCGCUUUGUAAGGGCCCGUCGGCGGGGAGACCUGAUGUGCAUGCGCGGCAAUGGCCGAAUGCACAUUAGACCUCCCCAUAGGAAAACAUUAUUCAGUGCUUUCCUAUGGAGAUUCCAGUGACACUGGAAAUCCUCAUGCAUAGCGCGAGGAAGUCCAGCAUCGUUUAGACAACAGAAGUCCCUCUAGUGGCUGUCUGGUAGACAGCCACUAGAGGAGGACUUAACCCUGCAAUUGUAGUUAUUGCAGUUUAUAAAAAUUGCAAUAAUUACACUAGCAGGGUUAUUAUUGUUAUUAUUAUGAUAUUUAUAGAGAGCCAUCAAAUUCCGCAGAGCUUUACAAUAGGUGCACGAACAGACAUGUAGUUGUAACCAGACAAGUUGGACACACAGGAACAGAGGGCCCUGCUCAAUGAGCUUACAUGCUAGAGGGAGUGGGGUAAAAUGACAAGGUAAGGAUAGUAUUAGACCAGUGACAGUUGCAGAAGAGGAAUCGGUCGUGAGCUAUUAACAGUUUAAAUGAUACGCUUUUAUGAAGAAGUGGGUUUUUAACGAAUUUUUUUGAAGGAGUGGAGACUGGGUGAGCAUCUAACGGAGGAGGGAAGCGAGUUCCACAGGAACGGUGCAGCCCUUGAGAAAUCUUGACGGUGAGCAUCAGAGAUGGGGUUAAGGGUGAUGGGAGUUGGCACCCAGACCACUUCAACGGGCUGAAGUGGUUUGGGUGCCUACAGUGUCCCCUUUAAGGGAGACCUCUAUAACUAGUGACGGCGACUCUAAAGCAUUAGUAAUACAGGUUUGUAUUGCCAACACUUGGUGUUCCUUUAAACUAGCCAUCGGUUUUUGCCCAUACUUUACGUUUAUCAGUACGUUGGUUUUGGUUUUCUAAUCAGCCCAAAUUCUGUGCACAUAAACUGUACAUAGUACCUUGUGCAGAUACAGCUUAUCACCAAAGUAAUAUUACUUUGGUUGAGAAUGUAGAACAGGAAAAUUAGACUUGUUGUGCCAGUGUUUUAGAAAUGGUGACAAGAAGUAGGGUUACUUACUAACAUUAGGAUGUGCAAUCAUGGAUUUUUAAAAUUCUGAUAUUUUAAUGAGAUUAAUUACUGAAAAAGCAGCAAUCAUAAUGUUAAUUUCUAUUUAAGAAACAAGCUAAAAGUUUGUAAACCCCUUUAUGGACACACGACGGAAAUAUUCCGUCAUGAUUCCCUUUUAUUUCUGAAGUUGUGUCCUUAAGGGGUUAAAUAAUAUAUUUAUAGAAAUUAAAUCUAAACCUUUAUCAAGAUAAAAAUGAAUCAUUAUCAACCAGAGAACUCUUUCUAAUGCUGUAAGCACAGGUAGGGAACUAAAUGAGAGGUACGUGUAUAAAUGAGCAAACUUCUGUGUUCACUAUAGUGUGAAUUGACAGGAAUUUAUGGUGAAUGUAACGUUUUAGGACAAACUAAACUGACAACAUUUUGGAUAUUUUGCUUUUAUAGUUUGAAAUCACUUUAGGGCUUUUAAUAAUGUUUUACCCUAUCCCAUUCAGGCUUCGCAGCGGAAUACACAUAAAAUCACCUUUUAUGGAUUGAGGACACAUUUAUGUAACCCUUUUAAGGGUUGACUGCAUCCUUUUGGACAGCUCUGGCCUUGAAUGUACCAGAUGUUUUUCAUGUUUUUUUUUUUCCUUUUACUUUUCAGCAUAUGUUAAAAACAAGUCUAUUCUGUGGAGGUUCAUUUUGAUGCAAAACGUGUUCUCCUGUUUGAUCAACAUAAGCAUGGGUUGCUGGAAUCUAAUUUUUUUUUUUUUUUCCUACAUAUCAGAGAUUUUAUGCCCUCAGACUGGGUGUAGUCUUUCCUGCCAGUGCUGAUUGGUACAAUGUUCAUAUCUUUCACUUUUCAUAUUGGCAUUCAUAUUCCACAGCACUAAAAUAAAGUCUGGGGGACAUUGUGUGAUAUAAAUGAAGGUGGCUGCAAUUUUUGUGUGACUAUGAAGAUAUGUUGCCAUUAAAUUGAGUUAAAAAAAAAAAGCAAAGUAAAAUAUGCUUGUGUAGUAACAAUAUACUGAUUGUAUCCCAAUUUGGGAGCAUCUAAUACCUGGUUUACAGUAUCUCUUCAAUGCCCACAUUUUAAAAAUCACUAUUUAGUAGAUAUACCCACAAAUGGAAACCUGCAUGGAUUUAAUUAGGACACACUCUUCAUACUUAAAGCACCUAAGCAAGCUUUAAUGUUCUGGAGUUACGCUUUAAGUUUAAAAACUCACAUGGAAACAUAUGAAAGUAAGCAUGUAGCAUUAAAGUUUAACUCCAAACACCAUGACCACUUAAUUGAUUUGGCUCGGGAUGCAUAAGCAAAUUAAUUUAGCCCACAAAUGGCAUGGAACUGAGCAGUAAGACUGCAUGGGUAUGAUCUGUACACCAAAACCACUUGAUUACGCUAAAGUUAUUUUGGUGCUUACAGUGUUCCUUUAACAGAGACUAGAGGCAUUAUAAUAAUUUGAUUAAAUUUAUUAUAGUACCUAGAGUCCCCUGGCGCUAUCCCUCCAUUGUCAAGCCAUUAAAAAAAAAAAAAAAAAAUGUUUUAACACUGAAUGAGUGCCAAAGAAAUAGUCCACAACAUCUGGAGUACUGUAGGUAGCUUGCCUCUCCUCCGUACAUGUCAGUGUGUUGAUUAAUAUAUUACAGCCAGGAUGCUCACCAUGUCAUGUCACAAAGGCCUUACUGCACAUAAUGAAAGUUUACUAGAGGAUUAAGCUGUAGUACCCCACUGGGGAUUUUGGCUUGUAAUAUAUAAUCCUGAUGCUUGGCUCCUCACAUCCUUUGAUUUGUUUUUGAACAACUCACACCUACCCCCUAGGGAUUGCUGAACUAGAUUUUUAUAAGCAAUGUUAUAUACUCCCUACUUUGUUUACAAAAAUAAGUGUGUAUGUGUAUAUAUAUAUAUAUAUAUGUGUGUGUGUGUGUGUGUAUAUAUAUAAUCUCCUAGCAUCUUAACCAAUACAGUAUGUUGUAGUGUUUCUCUAAAGUUUAAGUGGGUUCUGUCACCCAACUAAAUUUACUUCAAUCCGUUCCUCUUCUAUUUUGCUCCUAAUCUUUUUCUUCUUUUUAAAUCUAUUUCUCCUAAAAUAUAUAUAUAUAUAAUGCAAAGUAGGGACUAUCUUGCCUUAUGUAUUUUUCAUCCGCUUUACCAAAGUUGAAGCUUCUGUCAAGUUUUGUCAUUAUCUCAUCGCUGGGCAAUCUCUAUGGAAGACCACACAGGAUCCUCCUUAGACUUCAGAGCUGUACUCUUGCACACUGUGGCAACCAAGCAGUGAAGUUGCCAUCAGAAGCCUUUGGAAAGUUUGCAGAGGCCUCAGAACAUUGCAAAACUGCUUUUAAGGAGAUUAUUUUUUAAAACCAUGAUUGUGCAAAUUUAACAAGGGUAUUGCAAAAUCUUAGACAAACUAACAAGUAGGAAAACUCCUUAGCUCUGCAAGUCUGACCUAAAUGGUACAAUUCUCUUGCCAAUUCUCAGUUUUUGUAAAUAACCCUAUGCGUUUCAUGUGCCGAAUUUGAAAAUUGUUUAGAAUGUUUAUGACAGGGACUGUAAUUUGUAGAAUGUUGACUACAUGCCUCGUGAAAACUACUGAAUAGGUACACCAGGUACAUCCUGUGGAUCUUUUUUUUUUUUUUAAAACAAUGAAAAUAUUGUCUCUCUAAAGCAUAUGUAUUGUGGUUAUAAUAUGACAAACUGACUUUUUAAUUUUUUUUUUUUUAAUGCAUAAAGUAUGUGUUAUGAGAAGAGAUUUAUUUCUUGGGAACUGAUGUUUUUACAGUGAUUUAAUCAAGUCAGGUCAUGUUAAGGUAUAACAGCAUUUAAAAACUUUUUUUUUUUUUAAAUAAAGGUAAAUGAUAUGCAGAAUCGCUUUAGGAGAUGUUAUCUUACUCAUGUCCUCCCCAACAUUCCUGUGCAACUCCUUUUGGAGGUCUGUUAGUUACUAGAGGCAUUAUAAUAAUUUGAUAGUCCAUCCUUCUUUCUACUCUCGAGUAAUUUGCUCUGCUCCGGAAGACUCCACCCCAUAUAUUUUUGCCUCCCACACCACUGCCCCAAUCAUUUACAUUACAUUAAUGUUUUGUAUCAUGAUUCCCAUAUUUUUCUGCAUGUUUAAAACAUACAUGCUUAUGUAAAGUUACUCCUAACGUUGUACAAUGCCCGGGCUUUAUUACCACACCAUCAUUGAUACUGUCUUAGAAAAUCAUUGCAUGCAAUGAUUCUCUAUUACAAACCUUGACUUCACGGUGCGUAUGUGUUGUCACGGUAUGCCUGGGUAUGAGAGCCAGAAAUUGAAAUUUCUAACUAUUCUAUUCAGGGGGCGUGGAGGCAUGGCGUGACGUUGCACUCUCAAGCCUUCAGAAUAAUUUUUUUUAAAUCACAAUUGGGAGCUUAUUAAAAUGCGGAACGUUUGCACUAUAACAACUUCAAUUUGAUGAAGUUAUCAUGAGUACAAUGUUCCUAUAAAAAUAAUCAUCACAUGCUCGCGUUGUCUCGGACUUUCAUGCACAGGUAUUCCUUCAAUAGUGUCAUUACAUGGCACUUUACUGAUUAUGAUUUUUAUGCCACGUAAGCAUAAACUAGUGAUAACUUUUUUUUUUUUUAACCCAAAACAACAAAAUAUAUAAAUAUAAGGAAAAGACUACGUUUUGUUAACUAUUGACCUUUCAUAAGUGUCUCUAGGUUGAGUUCUGCUUAAAAUAAGAAUGGUCACUUCCUCAAUUUUAACCUAAUUGCUAACAGUUAGUGAUUGGUUGUGCAGGAAGGUUCCUCUCCUUCUAUUUAGUUGUAUUUUUACUUGUCUUAGUGAGCCUUUAUAGUAGUAAUGGAGAAAUGCAAAGCUUGCAUCCCAGGCAUUAUGAGCUGGUAAUAUUGCUGCAAGACAGAGGCACAGUGGAUCUAAGUGAGCCUCUUGCUUAAAUGAACAGUAUAGGGUCAGGAACACACACAUGGUAAAAACACUAUCUGUCCCUUCCUCUCCUAAAUAUAGUUGUCUUACCUUUAUUCCAGUCUGCUGGUACUGGCUCUGCCACUGAUGUGUCUAGUUGGCUAAAAUCAUGAGAAGUUAUGAUCUCAGCCAAUCACAAUGCUUUCCCAUUGGAUUGGCUAAUAUUGUUAAUUCUGAUGAUCUCUAGUAGUCAUCUGAGGAGUGGCUACUGGAGGUGUCUUUAGGCUGUUAUGUAAACACUGCCUUUUCUAUGAAAAGACUGUGUUUACUGCAGAAGCAGACUAUACUCACCAUAACAACUACAUUGAGCUGUAGUUGUUCUGGUGACUAUAGUGUUCCUUUAACCUCAUUAUUCACCCAGUAACCGCUGGGAGCAAAAAACAUCUCUGGAGUCCUUGAUAAAGACACCAGUGCCUGUUUGUUGGCUGAAUAAACUUCACAAACUCAUUACAGAGCGCUAAAGAUUGAGAAUUCACUUCACGUUUUCCUGGCAUUAUAGGGUUAUUAGGUUCCCCCCCGCGGGGCUGGAGGGGUUAACCUCUUACCUGAAUCCAGGGCUGAUGUCCCUCUGCGCUAGAUCAGGCUCUGUCCAUGCUCCUCCCCUGCCGUCAGCCAGCGGGGGAGACCUAAUGCACAUGCACUGCAAUGGCCCCGUGCGCUUUAGACCACCCCAUAGGAAAGCAUUAUUCAAUGCUUUCCUAUGCGGAAAAUCUGACACCGGAGGUACUUGAGGACAUGCAGCGAGAGAUAACCGACCAACGGUCGGUUUGGAUUCCGGGAACCCUCUAGUGACUGUCUGUUAGACAGCCACAGAGGGCAGACAUAGAGCUGCAAUGUAAACACACUAAGUGCAAAAGGGUCACAGCACCCAAACCACUUAUACCAUUAGCUGAAGUGGUCUGGGUGCCUACAGUGUCCCUUUAAGUCACUAAAAAGGUGAGAAACACCAGAAAAUAAAGGACUCGUAAAAAACAUUUCUCAGUUAUGACUAUCUAUAUUUACUUGUUCAUGGUUAUGUAACACGAUCCUUUUUGACCAGUCAGUACUUGAAAUCGUCCAAAAGCUUUAAAAUAUUUUUUAUUUUUUUUUGAUGAAUCUAACCUUUAUUUUGCUCCCUGUUAAAUGGCUGUUAAGAAGCUUCUUUCUGCAAAUGUCAGCUAUUGGCAAGUGAGCCGUGCGGUGUUGGACAAAAAGCAAAUAUAGCAUUAUUCUUAAAGGAUUACGUGUUUUUCUUAAGGCAACACAACAGCAUUAGGAAUACAAACAUGUAUGUCUCAUACACUGUAGUGUCCUUCUACCUAUAGGUGGCUCACGCCUUCUCUGUGAGGAUUUAAAAGUAGAUCUACUCUUACUUUAUAUCUUGCAUCGUGCAGGACUCCCUGUGCAAGUUCUGCGUUCUUGGCUGAGAUAAUCAGUCUUGAUGAUCUCAGUCAAACCAUUGCUUUUGAAUAGAAAAGCAUUGGGAGGCUAGAGCGCAUGCGCGUCAAAACACCAUGCUGCUCCAAUUCGAUAUCUGUGACACCAUCUGAAAUAUUUUCUGAUAUUUUUUUGUUUUUUUUUAAUUUAAUUUUUUUUUGGCGUAAGUGCUUUUUCCAGCCUAUAGUGUCAAUUAUAAUGCUUUUAUUUUUCAGUCCGUUUAAUGGCUAAAAUAAAAUGUUUUCUUCUGUGUAUUAAAUAGGAAAUAUCAAGUGCUUACUAGCAUUUUUUUUUUUUUUUUUAGUUAAAGUCACAGUAGUCAACAGUUGUUAAAAAGGCAUUUUCCAGGCUUGAAAUGCGUCCAGCUUGCUUGGCGUGUGGAUUUUACUGUUAGAACUAUGGCCAAAUACAAUUUUUUUUUUUUUUUUUAAAUGCUACUUGCCUGCCACUGUUUAAUGCAUGUUUUUGGUUUUUACUAUAAUGUAUUGUCCCUUUCUGACAAUGCAUAAUACAUUUGAGAUUUUUUUUUUCCCCCUCCUGUUUAUUAGAGCAGAAUGUUGAUUAUCGGACGUGUCAAUUAAACUAAAGAUACCCACGCAAGCAGCAAACUUGAGCUACAAUCCCCUGAAAUCAUUUUUGUGCCCAUAAAGCAUUGCUUCUAGGAUAAGCCCAGCAUUGGCUUUCACCUCAAGCUUCCCAAAAGUGUGCCACGGUGCAGUGACCUGUGAACCAGAAUAGGCAGACUAUAAUCUCUACAGCCUACUGCAGUGUUUUCUCUCUCUCUCUCUUUCUCUCUCUCUCUCUCCCCCCUUUCCCCCUGCUGUGCUGUACAAUGUUGUUUUUCUGUCAAAUGACCUUGAAAGUAAAUAUAAUUUUAGUUUUUAGCGAAACUUGGUCAUAUCUUCUAUCACUUUUUCAUUAGCUUGAAUGCUGGUAUCUCAUUACAAAGGUCAUUAAUUGCACCAGCUGUACCCUGUGUUGUCUGGUGAUAUGUGAUUUGUUGUCUGUCAAGUUGCUGUAGCAGUAAGUGAAACUAGUAUAAACCACAUAUGUCACGAAAGUUGAUCUUGUUCUAUUAUUAUUUUUUAUUUUAAGCUUUCCCAAUUCUCUCAAAUUAUUAGGUUUGAUUGAAAAUAGCUUGGCACAUACUAACAUGACUCAGAUAUCCUUUUGCACAAAUUGCGUACUACCUCCUACUCCUCACCGUAUCCACUCUAAACUCUUCUUUCAGCACCUUUACCAGGCAUCUUCUAGCUACUUGGCUUUUGUUAAGGAGGGAGAUAAAAUGGUUUCCUUCAUGUGUCAAAACAAACUGAAAUCAAUAUAUAGCCCGUUUUUGAAAUGCUGUGUCAAAGCAGGAUCCUCCUUUUUAAAAAAAAAUAAAUAAUAAAAAAAAAUAAUAGAUUGUUUUGUGGUUAAGUAAUGUUCUAUGUAUUAUCCAGUGAAAAGCUCCAUGUUAAGUGUACAUAGUGGGACUGUAGAUUGUACAUGGAUUUUGACUUGUUACAGUAUAAUUGCAGAUCAGGAGGUGGAUGAGACAAAAAUCAUUUGCACAUGGCUUGACUUUAUUCUGUUUGUCAAGCCUUAGUCUGGGCUAUUGUGUACAUUAAACAGCUAAUUAAAAGCACCAAACCAACUUAAGCUUAAUGGGAGUGGUUAUGGUGUAUUGAGCAUCCCCCUGCAGUCCAACUAAUCAAUUAUCUGCCUUUGAAGAGUUAAAUAACUGUCACACAUCCCCUGCAUGUGAUCUCUCUAUCAAUUUCCUGUAGCUCUUCCUUGCGUAGUCUGUUUUUUUGUUUUUGUUUUUUUAAUUUCUUGCCUCGUGUUCUAUGAAGUCUACUGGCGCUUAGUGUGUAAUUUAAAAAAAUUUUUUUUUUAGAGAGCAGGAUUGUAAAACUUAUAAGGUAAACACACUGUGUUGUCAUAUCUGACUGAAAAGUGUACCAAUUGUUCAUGUUGGCUGUGUGACUCAUAGCCAGGGAGGAGUGGCUCUGAGUGCACAAACAGAAACAAAAGCUAUUUAACUCCUCCAUGGCAGAAAAUUGAGCAGUUAGACUGCAGGGGCAUGAUCUAUGCACCAAGACUGCUUCAUUAAACUGAAGUUCUUUUGGUUAUUGGAGUAUCCCUUUAAGUUGCAAUUUAAUAUCAUGUUAUCACUUACGAGCUAUCCACAACGUUAUGCCAACUGUUCUCUCUAAUCCAAGUUACAUCACAUUGUGAUUCCACUACUUUUCCACAGUUACUUUUUUCCUGACCUCACUAAUAAUUGAUUUUAAUAAUUUAUGUGGAAACACCUGUUAACAUUACUUGAUAUAAAGAAGUCUGAUAUCUAGAAGCAGUGCAGGGGCAAAGCAUGGCUCUAGUGUGAUUUCCUGGCUUGUUACACUAGAAAAUACGUGUUCUUUAACCUCUUACCGGUGCUACCCUGAACGGUAUGGGCUUUUUUCCCCACCCCCCCUUUUGUCCUGUAAUAUUUUAAAAUAAGUACGGAUGACUGCAGACAAAUAAAACCCAUUCAUCAUGGCAGCAGUACAGGUUAUAUAAGACGGUGUGAGUGCCUGGUGUCUGUCAGUGGGUGGAGACAAUAUUCCUGACCUACUUCUGCAGCAUGCGUUCUUUAAUAAGUGUUACAAUUCAGAAUAUAUGGAGCUUUACUCUUCAGUCCCCUAGACUUUCCCCCCAGAUGUUAUCGUGGACCAGCCCUUUACAGUUAUUUCACCAGGUUUCUUUCCACUAAAUGAAGUUUAUUCUUUCCAGAGCCUUUCCAGCAAAUGUAUAGUUGAAAUAUUGCACCCAUCAUGAGAAAAUCUGUUACCGGAUUAACUUCAUUAAAUCUACAGUUCAGAAUGUAAAUCUUUAGGAAGUAUUUCACAAACUAAUAUGCAGAUAGUAGGAGGGGCGGAGCCUAGCAGCAGAGCUUAGCGGUCGCAUCUCACUGGAGCUCCUAAGAAUAAACUCAAUUAACACCCUAUUCAGGCCAUGAAAACCGACCAUAACAGCUGCAAACACCAAGAUGUAGUCGGGGAACCAGCAUGGGUCAAAAGAUUAAAGCAGAAACUGGACCAGCCCAGUCAAGGCUUAGAUAUUGGAGCCAUCUGGAGACAGGCUCAUGGAGCAACUAGGCCCAAGAUGGCCGACUACCCAGACACAUACUCCAAACUAUCGGAUGACUUCUCACUGGGAGAGGUCACACCCGACUUACCCAGUAUGAUGGCAGCAGCAGCAUACAAACCCCCAAGCCCUGAUACAGCACCAGUGACUACUGCGCCGCUCAAGAAACUUCUGGCAGACCUCCAAACCACAAUCCAGUCGGACAUGGCUAACCUCCGCACGGAUAUACAAGGGCUGACAGGAAGGCUGAGCACCCUGGAAAACAACUCCGCGACCAACACUACCCACAUUACCUCAGGAGAUCAAGUGCCCACAGAGCCAAAAUGAAGAAUUUAACUGGAGAUUCGGCUCCCUGGAAGACACACUUUGGGUGAAUAAUCUGAAAGUGAGGGGUGUAUCAGACAACAUUCCGACAGCCGAACUGUCGCACCUUAUGUGAAGGCUCCUGGCGGCGCUGUUAUCGCUGCGGCAGGCUAAGGCCAUCAGUCUAGACGGUGUCCUCAGGGCCCCAAAGCUCCAACAGGAGCCACCCUAGACCUCAUAAUCCGUUUUUAACAAGUGAAGGAUAAGCAGCAAUUAUAGCAGCGGUCAAAGACUGCACCCCAUACACAUUUGAAGCGAUGGCACUUUCCUUUUUUGCGGGUCUAUCUGGGGGCACUCUUGCCUGGAGGAGGUCCCUCAAGCCGUUUACCUCGCUCCUCAGACACCACGGUAUACCAAAAAAAUGGCGUCUCAACCACACCAUACUCAUCACGAGGGGUGAAGACAAACACAAAGUCUAUGAUCUGCAGGGAUGCUAUGCAGCACACAACACCUCCAGAUUCCGCCGGACCACUGCACAGAUGGGACCCAGAAAAUUUGACAGGCUUUGUACCGAGACAACCCAGACGGGGCCCCUAUGCUGCAGCCACCACAUGAAGGCUUCCUAGCGCCCGGUAGCAAUUGACAGCUAUAUGUUUCCACUGCCUCUCAGUUACUUUACUUUUCUUUAAUCUAUACCUUAUUAUUACACAAGAAAGCGGCAAUACAGCUCAGCUGCUAUAACACGUUACGAAUGUUACCCAACAUGCUAAAAUCUCUGCCCUAAGCGUAUGCGUGACGACACAUACAGCGAAUAUGAAGACAGACUGUUAACAUUUGACAGCCAAGUCAAUACAUUGCUAGCCAAAAUAGAUUCACAAGUACCUAGCGGAGAAAAGAGAUGCAUAUGGCCUAGCUUAACAACUCACAAUAUAGCUUAACAAUUUAUAGUCCUGCCUAAUCUGUAACACACGCUCUAGACACACAGACUUUAUUGUUGGGGCCCAUCACGCACUAGAAUCCACACAUCUGUACAUAACAAACAUAAAAAAUGCAUAGCUAUAUGAUAGUCAUACUUUGUCGUGAUAUGUGAUUAUAUUAUGUGUGCCCUCGCUGUUGUGGCGACGCAUGCUCGUUUGUUAUAUCAUGCGCAACAAAAAUAAAGAAAUGUAUGUUAGUACUGGAUCCCUCAAAAUUGAAUAAGAAAUACCAUCAAUGGGAAUCCAAUGUUGGAGAUAUGAGGAUAUGGGCUUCUAUACCCACAUAUGGUGGAAAUGUAAAAAAAAAAAAAAAAAAAUGGAAUAGGAUCUUCUUAAUAUCAUCUAUGGUAGCAAAUACAACUUAAUCAGAUUUAGCAUUAGCACUCCUCCAUAUAGGAUUAAAAGACAUACCCAUUAUCUGUAAAAAUGUAGUUAUUCAUAUUCUUCUAGCGUUUAAAUACUGGUACACCCAAAUGGAAUACCAAGUGGUUAUGGAAAAAAUAAUAUAAUUGAAUACAAUAAAAGUUGGUCCCUAUGGAAAAACAAAAUAAUCAAAUCUGCUCACUUGUAGAAAAUACAACCAUAUAAAUUAUUUCAGAAACUAAGGUAAUUCGGAAAAGGAGGAAAAGAAAAAUAUUGUAUUGAUGAAUUUUUGAUAUAAUAUAUACCUCUUAGAAAAAUAUCUGCCUUCUAUUUAGUAUAACUGGAUGAUAUAAAUGUUUUACUUAUGUAUUGUAAUUUAUUUUUAUUUGUAAUUAUCAAUGGUACAUCUACAUUACAAUAUUAAUGACAGGCGACUUUAAAUUGUCUGUUGUUGCUAAGUAAUUUAAAAAUAAAGAAUUUAAGAAAACUUUACUACUAGCCAAGCAUACAACUGUUCACUGUCUGAACACGGUACAAUGAUUCGACUAACAGACAAGUAUUUGUAACAAGACGAGUUGGACGCACAAAAACAGUGUGUUGAGGGCCCUGCUCAAGCAAGCUUACAUUCUAGAGGGUGUGGAGUAAAGUUUACACCACAGUAAGGGUAGGAUAUAUUUCAUUUAAAAAGUAAGUUGCUAGAAUCGCUUACAAUGAAGAUCUAGUUUUUUUGAUGACACAUUUGAAGGAGAGGAAGCAAGAUGGGUUACCAAGUUGAGGUAAGAAAGAAAAGCUAUGAACAGUUUAAUUGAUACGCUUUCCAAAAGAAAAGGUUUCAUUUAUUUAUUUAUUUUUAUGAAGGAACGGCGACUGGGUGGGAGUCUUAUGGAGCAGGAAGUCUUGAAGGUGAGCGAUAUAAGUGCAAACAUAGGCUAGAUGCAGGUCUUCGGAAGAUCAUAUCGUACGUUUUUGUGUGAUCUACAGCGGAAAAUAAACCAGUAAAGAUUUUGCACUCUAAAGAUCUAUAAAGUAGAUUUUGGCCACUCCAUCAUUACCAUUUCUUACAAGAAAUAUCAUCCAUGACACACAAUUAUCUUUCCAGAAUCUGUUUUUCCAGCAAAAUGUGACCUUGUUCACUUUAGGUCAUCCCAGUCUCACAACCUAGUCAUUCAUUUUAAGCUCAUCAUGAAACAUCAUUCACCUAUAACAUCAAAUUUAAAGGGACACUGUAGUCACUAACUGCUCCAUGUCACUGAAUUGGUUUAGUGUCUGGAGUUUCUCCAACAAUUCAGCGUUCAACCAUUUUUAAAGUUUUAAUACUAAACAAGAGUCCCAGCAGCCCAACCCCACUGUGCUGCUUGGGCUAAUGAGGAAGCAUUAGCCUGUGUAAGAAUGGAAGGCUGUGAUUGGCUGGAAGUGCCAGUUGAUCGCUUUCAGCUCUAAUUACUGGUAUAUCUAGAAGCCUUUACUUAGAGAUAAACUGCUUGAAAACAGUUUAGCAUUGGAUGAAGGGACAGUGCCAGGGAUCUCCUGUAACUAUAAUCAAGUCAAUAAAAUUGUUAUAGUGCCUACAGUAUGCCUUAUAACUGGCAGAUUAGAUUUAAUGAUAAAAAAACUAAAACCUGCAAUUUCAAAUAUCUGGUGUAAACCCAGUUAAAUAAAUUCAUGUAUAGAAUUUUUUUUGAAAUUUUUUUUAAGUUGUUAUGGUGCCUAGAGUAUUUAUUUUUUAAAGUAGGCUCUUAAAAUGUACUAUGUCACCUAACUAAAAUAUUUCUUACACAAGGCAAUGGCACAACAUUCUCCAAUUAAUCUUGAAACUGAAAGACUAUUAUGCAGAAUAGAUCUCCUUUAAACAGGAUUAUGAAUGUAAGAAAACCCAGCUAAGAAACCUGGGAAAAGUAUUCUACUAGAAUACUUUACACAUCAAGUAAACAGGAUUCACAAAAUAUAUUCAAACACAUUCUCCAAACACAACAGUUCAAAGUUCAAUUAAAUGUCUUUAUCAAGACUUGUUACAAAAAAUGACCCAAGUGUACAAAAAAGCUGAAACGUUUCACAAACAAACCAUCUUUAGCGUUUGAUUUCCCUUUGCAAAAUGAAAGGUGCCAUGAGCACAAGACAAUCUAUGCUCACAGGCUUAAAAUCACUGAAGUGAGAAGUGUCAGGAUUUCUAAGAAAUUCCAAAGUGAAUUUCAAAUUUAGGGCAAAAUAGCUGAGCAAGAAAAAUUCUCCAAGUCAGCUAUGCUCCCAUUUCAGCUAUUUUGGCUUUAACCCCUUAAGGACACCUGACAUGUGUGACAUGUCAUGAUUCCCUUUUAUUCCAGAAGUUUUGUCCUUAAGGGGUUAAAAGGACACUUUAGGCACCAUAACUGCUUUGCCUCAUUGAAGUGGUUAUAGUGUCUGGAGUCCUCUGGCGCAGUCCUUCCAUUCAACAUUAAAAACGGUUUUGAAGGUUUUAUCGUCAAGCAAAAAAUGCAUGUUUAGGAGGAAGAUUUAGCCCGAGCAGCGGGUGGCUGUGAUAGAGUAAAUGUGGUCAAGUCAGUCACAUUGUCAUUCCAGGUAUAAAUUGGUAUGCCCACACAGAAGUGUUUAAUAUCUACCUUAGCCGUGGGGGCAGGGUUAUGGAAAGCCAGGGACACUCAUUCGGUGUUAAACUGCUCAAACAUGGUUUAACACUGGAUGGAGAGUUAAUGCCAAGGAAGGCUUCAUCUUCAGUUAAAGGGACACUAUAUAGUCACCAGAACACCUAGAACUUAAUAUGGUGCUUCUGGUGUCUAUAGCCUGUCACAACAGGCUUUUCAAUGUAAAGGCUGCCUAGGUACACCUCGAUUAGCAGUCAUUCAGAUUGGAUAAAAUCUACAAUUCUGAUGAUUUCAGCCAGGGAGGUGGAGCAGGGAUGGAGCCAGCACCGGCUGACCAGCCCGGCCUUUGGGGGAAAAAAGUUUUAUACUUAUUUAAGGGGGACAAGAGGGUUUGCCAUCUAACAUGGUUUUUGUUUUUAACACUAUAGGGUCAAGAAUACCCAUUUGUGUUCCUGACUCUAUAGUGUUUCUUCAAAUACAGCUUGAGAUACGUAGAAGCAGUGUUAAUCCGUAAUCACCCCCACAUACACUUUAAAGGACCACUAUAGUGCCAGGAAAACAUACUCGUUUUCCUGGCACUAUGGUGCCCCCACCCUCAGGGACCCCCUCCUGCCGGGCUCUGGGGAGAGGAAGAGGUUAAAAUCUUACCUUUCUCUUAACUUUCUCCAGCGCCAGGAGGGGAGCUCUCCUCCUCUUCAGCUGCAUGUGAUUUUUCACCGUGAGAAGCACGCAAACGCCUCUAGCGGCUGUCAAUGAGACAGCCACUAGAGGAUUUGGAGGCUGGAUUAACCUAUUUAUAAACAUAGCAGUUUCUCUGAAACUGCUGUUUAUAAAAAAAAAAAAGGGGGGGGUUAACCCUAGAAGGACCUGGCACCCAGACAACUUAAUUAAGCUGAAGUGGUCUGGGUGCCUAUAGUGGUCCUUUAAUUAAAAUUUUAAAAACCCUACAGUGGUUUUAUCCCCUCCUCAAAGUGUAAAUUUUGUCAUAUUUAUCUGUUUGUUUUUGUUUUUUAAAUGUGCCACGUCUCCAGAUGUUUUAAGGGUAAUAUUUACUAUAACUUGUAUAUACAAGGGAAAAUAUGUAUUUUUUUUUUAACAAUAGAACAUUUUUAGUUUUUCUUCGUCAUACAUCUGUAUUCUUCGCUGUCAGCUGAAACAUUUGCAUGUCAACAGCCCAGGCUUGCAUCUACCAGCUGAUAAUGUUCUGCUCUGUCAUGAUAUUUUGGUGCUCCUGAGAUAGUGACUGUAAUCUCUAAGGAUCUUGUUCUACAGCAGGAUAAGUACAAGGUCAUAACAACAAAAGAGAGAAAAAAAAAAAAAACUUUCUUAAAACAGCAUUAAAAUCAAACAUGUUGCAAGCAUCUUGCAUAUGUAUUUGUGUGGGUAAUUAAAACACACACACACCAUUAAAUCUGUCAGCAUUGAAGUUGCUGUUUAGUGGAUACGUGAGUGUGCGGGAUCUUGCGUAAAUAAGGAUAAAAUAUAUAUCUCUAUAUAACCUUUUCUCAAGUUUUAAAGGAAAUGUUAAAUGUAGUAUAUGUAAAAUAAAUGAGAAAAGUUCAUCCCUACCAUUAGUAGGUUAUCCACAUAUAUGCACUUUGGGUCCUGCAGGGUAAAAACUGACAGCCCCUGUGGUCCGAACAGAAGAAAGACUAUUGAGAAUCAGUUUUCAAAUACGGAUUAUCGAAAAAAACAAACGUAUAAUGCACAUACUAAAAAGGGGGGGAUACUUCCUGCAGGGUGCUCCAGAAAGGAAGGGGCAAUCACUCGAGACAUCAAAUGGAAGAAACAUCCAGGCACACCUGAGACUUAAUAAAUGCUCAGAGAGGAGUCGAAACGUUCUCUACUUUCUUUUUUUCAAAUAAAAAGACUGCCUUUUAGAAGAAACCUUAGGUGUGCAUGGAUAUUUAUUUUCUUCCAGUUUUCAAAUACUGUCCAACCCAGGGGGCACAUAUAUGGUUGAAGGAUCCUGUCAAUUACUAAAGAAAGGGAUGAGAUUUGCUCUUUUAUUUUACACAUAACCUACAUUUAAAAUAAAUACAUUUCCUUUCAAAACUUGAUGAAAGGAUUAUAAUAUUAAAAAAACACUUUUGAGGUGACCGUUGUUCUUGAACAUAGGCGGCCUCUGCAUUCAUAGCAAUGUAAAGUCCUGCCUCUGGACAAACUGCAUGAAGACACCAAAUGCACACCAUAGAGAUGCGCUGAGUUAAUGUAUCUUUAUGAGGAUGUCUUGAUGCCUUACGAAUAAUGAUUCAUAGAUAUAGUUCUGUGGUGGUGACCCAAGACAAGCAAUCAUUGGGGCUGCCUUUCCCAGUGAUCACGAUGUGAUCCAUCAACUUCAACCAGCCAGGGGCUAAGGAGGCACAGACUGGAUACAGUAUUGCUAUAGUUGGGGAUGCAGCAGUAUACAAAUCUAGGGUCUUUGAAGAAGCAGGAUUACACUGGUUGACUAAAUAAAAAAUGGUGACAAAUUGAAACUAGCACCUCAUAAUCUGCCCCAAGAACAUGCAAAAGUCUUGGACAGUAGUGCUUUACCAGGGCACAGUAGCACAAUUAUUUUGGAGUCUACUUUCAGAGCUGCACCAUUUGGAUUUUUUGUCUGACUUCCUUUUCCCUUGCACCCAAUACAUUCACAGUAUGCCCUCCUCCCCCACUAGCCUGGUGUGAAGAAGGAAGCUGCCUUUCCGCAUCCAUUGGAGGAGUAUGUCAGUGCACGCAAACAAUCAGCGUGUUUAAUGUGUGCUUCCUAAACGCUUUAAAAUUAAUUAAGCUUUAUUGUACAUGUGUGUUUACUUUUAUUUACAAAGAACAGGAAUCAUCAAUGACGCAUAAUAAAACUACCAUUACCAUGGAUUAUAAUACUUUUUCACUUAAAUAGUCUCCUACAAAAUGAACCUACAAGAAAAGGGUGAGACAUCAAUAAAAUACAUACAGCUAAAACUGAAAUGGUGUUUAGAAACCAUAUUCAGAGCAUUCAGAGACACAGUAAAUAUUCUCACAUACACAAAAUAUCUAUACCGCCUUUCAGCCACUCUGCCCUGUCCAGCUCUCAACGCGAAAUAUGAACAGAACAUUCUGCCUGCCUUUUUGCGUAAUUUUCCCCUCGCUAUAAUGGAAAAUUUAAAGAUGUAACAGCAGCAGUCAUCCCAUUCUACCCAAGUGCCCAGAGUGAUUGACGCCUGCCUGGUCUGAACAUUUAAUGCCAUCUUUAAACUACUGCUGAACAGGGGUGCAGCAGUCUAACACCAUGAUUGACAAAAUUGCAGUGUGUUGGUUUGGUAAUUUCUAUCACCAGAUUUUCCCAAUUUUCUUUUUUUUGUAAAUAUAAUUUUUAUUUGUUUUGCAAAGAUAGGGAAAUAAUGAACAGUGAGACUCGCAGGUCUCAAUUAACAUAUCCAGUGCGAUAACAAGUGUACAACAUGUGAGAAAAUAGGUUUUAGCGAAUGCGAGGAUUGGCUUUAGAAAAUGUGAAUGAUCAACAUUUUGGCUCGCAGGCCCACAUUGUGGAUGGACUCGCAGGUCCCUUGUCAUAUUAUAUUUUUGUGAAUAUAAUCUUUCAUUUGUUUUUCCAUUUUAAUUAACAGUAAGACUUGCAAGUCUCCAUUUGCGUUAAACCUAUGUCAGUUUAAAAAAUUUGCAUGUUCAUUUGGGCUCGCAGGCCCGCAUUGUCGUUGGACUCGCAGGUCCCUUGCAUCGUUCUCUUUCAAUGAAACGUGUGUAUGUAUACCACUAUUGUGAAGGCAUGUAUGAGGGAAGGUCGUGUAACAGCCCGGGUCCGCAUCUUUCGUCUUUGCCCCCCUUUGUAGGUCCCUGUAUGGUUUGUGUGUACUCAUUAUCUAUGUGUCUGGUCAUCUCGUGUCUGUUUUAGUGUUUAGUUGUCCCUUUAGUACUGGUAUGCUGGUGUUCUCUGGUUUUGUGGCGUCUUUUGGCUAGAUUCAUGAUGGUGUCGAUAUCAUGUUAGUGAAGUCUGGGUCGGUUGUCUUCAGAAUCCAAUGUGUCCAAGUGUUGAGGUACGCUUGGAAUGUAAGCGGAGUGAUGGAGUUCCUUUAGGGAUCUCAGUUCCUCCAUUUGUGUGAACCAGGCUUUCAGGGGAGGGGGUAACCUGUUGUUUCCAAUACUGUGGUAUUAUCAGUUUAGCCGUGUUCAAUAUGCGGAUUGUGAGCGAUUUCUUAUACGCUGUUCUAGGGAUCUUGGUGUGGUGUAAGAGCAUUGCUGCUGGGCUAAGUGGGAAGGGGUCGUCUGUAAACUUCCCCAGUAUCUGAUGUAUAUCUUUCCAGUACGGGGCUAUCUUUUUGCACUCCUACCAGAUGUGCAGGAGCGUGCCUCCUUCCUCCCCGCACCUCCAACACUGGGGGGGGUGGGAUGGGAUGCGUGCAUGUAUUGUCGCGGGAGUGUAGUACCAGUGCGUCAGUAAUUUAUAUGCCGUUUCCUGUGUCCUGCUAAAGCAGCAAAUUUUCUCCCAUUCCACCUUGUCAAAAGUAUGGCCUAGUGCCGCCUCCCACUUCCCCAUGAAUCGUGGUUGUGCAAUUGGUGUGUUAGUAGUAAGGUGUAUAGUACGGACACUCCAUGUGCUAGUGGGUUGGGGUCCAGGCAUAGGUUCUCGAAGAAGGUAGUAGCCCGUUGUAGUAUCGGUCCCUGUGGGAGUGAGGUGAUGUUACUCCGGAUCUGUUUGUAUUUAGGUGCAUCAGGAAAGUGUGUUCUGUGUCCCCCCUCAGAUCCUUGAGUGUUUUAAUUCCCUCAGUUGUGUGGAUGUGUUUGAGUCUGGGCCCAAUUUUCUAACAAAAAUAAGUAUCCACUAAUUUACAUAUUAUAUCUUGUUAAACAUAUAUACUGAAUUACUAUUAUUUGUACUAUUUCUUGUUUUUUUGUAACAUGCAAAUUGGAGAGUACCCACGUAGAUAAGAUUGGAGUGAUUACUGAAAUAGGCCCAGAGACACGAAUUGUUAGAGCCAUUAUUUUUAAUUUUAUUUUGCCCAUCAAUAUUUUCCCUGUAGUUUAAGGGGAACCCCAGGUAUCCAUUGAUACCUAGGGUUAGUGGUGUGAGGAGGGAUUUAAAUCUGCUCACACCACAAUAUUUUAAUAGGAAUUUAAAUUCCUAUUUAAAGAGCGCCUUGCAAAACUGGCUUCUGCAACCAACUCACUUAACAGUCUGGGGCCACUAAACAUGCCUCCAGCAGGCAUAGGGGAGCCCUGUUAUCCACCGAUCCUGGGUGUUCCCUGAUGUGAGCAGGGAUUUAACCCUGCACACACCAAAUAUGCAGGGUAUUCUAUGCCGCCCUACAGGCUUUAAAGCCCACUUUAUGUAGGAUGGCAUAGAAUGCCCUAAAGUCAUUAAGGGAUUGAACACAAAUGUCCAAAUAGUAAAGCGAGAGAAAAAAAAACAUUUAAGUGGGUAUUGACUAUCCUGUUAGACGCAAUGUGUACUGCUACAAGGAGCCGCAGGAUCAGAAAAAGGUGCCAGCUGACUGCAGUUGUUCAAAGAUAGUUAAAGAUCAAUGGCUUGUUUGGAAAACAUCCAAGCUCUUUGUCAGACACUAUAAAUAAUGCUUUUAUUUAGAUGUUAAGGAUGACAAUUUAGAAACUGACAAACAAGCAAAUCAAAGUAUGGUACUAACAACACAUGCCAAAAGAGUUUAAUACAUACGUUUCAAAAUACUAUACACGGUUUACUUAAAAACACCCAAUCACAGACCCUAAAACUGUUCUGACAGUAACAAACAAAAACACACAUCAGUGCAUAAAAUUCUGGCACUUGCUGACAAAUCUCUAUGUAACACUGCUCAUGUCUAUCUACCCUCCCUAAUCUGCAAUACAUUUAUGAAAGAAAAACAUCAAAGGGUCGUAUGGUACAGGGGUUUCAUUACACUGACAAAUAAAAUGAUACCUAUUCGGGUAUGGGGACCAUAUGUUAAGUGUUGCUUAUCUUCAUAUACCUACUAUCAGGCUUUUUCAACAAGGACAUAUAUUGGAUGUGCAUUUGGCCAAGUGAGAUAACCAGGGACAGUCUUGAAGUUGGUGACUGUUUUCUACUUGUAAUGUACUUAAAAUGUAACUUUUUCUUCUUUCUUUUCUUUAAUCCUUGUAGUAUCAUUAAUCCGCCAAAUUGUAAUACCUUGUGAGCUUUUUGUUCUUGUACUUUAAAUCUAAUUUCUCAUAAAUCCGCUUCUUAAUCACAACAGGCAAAUCACAACAUUUUUGGUGUGUGUGUGUGUGUGUGUGUGUGUGUGUGUGUAGGGAGAUUUCCUUUUUUUUUUUUUUUUAUGGUACCAAUAUCUUCAAUGUUGAUCUAAUAUUUACUAAAGUGUUCCUGGAGUGCUUGAUUAUUAUUUGUUUGUUCUUUUAUACCCCUUCGUGACAUGUAUUGCCAGUCUUCCAUUGAUAUGAAGGAAUUUGCAUAACUCGUGGAUCUUUGCACAACUCUAGCUUCAGACUGUAAAAUGUGUUUUUCCAACUGAAAAACAAAAGAAAAUCCACUGUGUUUCUUGCAAUGCGUUCCUUGUUGCCCUGGCACACUCACAGCAUGAAUAAUUUAAUGUACCCUCAUAAAGCACUUGGAAGGACUUGAUGAGCAUACACGGAGCAUCGGAUAUUCUGGUUUUAGAGCAACAGCAAUGUUUAUAUUGCAAUGCUAAGACUGCAUCUGAGACUAGAGGCGCUUCCUGAUCUUUUAUGGUUUUAACUCUGUGAAAAGAUGUUGGAUGCCCUCACGCUUUGCAUUAGGACAUCAAGCAAAGACUCAUAGAAAAUCAUUGAUUCAAUUCAUCCUUGUAUUCCUUAUGCUAAAGUGUUCCUUUAAAGGGAGAUGUGGAUUUUAGUGUCCCUUUAAGAUGGCAACUUGUGCCAUGUUUUUCACUCAUAACUUGUAUCCACACAACCGGCGUACAAUAUAAAUGUGUUUGGCAUAAUUGUAUAUAAGUCAAGGUGACAGACAGUACAAAACAUCUUAAUUUACCUAUUCAGUGCUGAUACAGCACUGUUAAAGGCAUGCCUGAGCUUACAUAUUUCAUGGUCGAUAAUAGAGCCAUUAUGGGGGACUAUUUUGUUUUAUGUAAUUUUCCUACACUUUACUUUGACAGAGGAGGAGCUUAAGUUGGCUCCAUUUCCUGUGUCAAGGAGAAGAAUGAGUACUUUCUAUUAUUUUUUUAAAUUUGGCAUAGAUUGGUGGUAAAAUGGUUGCAUGAAGAGUCAAAAUACCCAAAGUUUAAUACCUUAGUUUGUCUUCUUUUAAAAAAAAAUAUAUACAUGUGAAGGGUUAUUCAGGGAUUCCUGACAGUUAUCAGUGUUACAAUGUAACUUGCGUUAAUUUAAAUAUUAAAUAGCAAAGUGAUACUUGUACUUAUUGCCCUAUAACAGUGAUGGCGAACCUUUUUGAGCUUGAGUGCCCAAACCGCAAUACAGGCCAACUUUUUUUUUCUUCAAAGUGCCAACACGGCAAAUAAACCUGAAUACUAAGUUUUAUGUUUAAAAAAAACAACUCAUACAGUUGUUCAAACUAAUUAACAACUUUGUUUUAAAAGAAAACCACAACAAAGAGUUUAAUGAUACAAAUACAUUAAAUAAUGAUAUAAAUAGAUAAAAUUAAGCUUAUAUUUAUUAGUAUCUCCAACAAAUGCAAUACAUAUACACAGACUGCUGAACACAUUCACACACAGACUGCUGAGUACACACACACAGUCUGCUGAGUAUAUACACAUACACACACACACACACAGACACAGUCUGCUGAGUAUAUAUAUACACACACAGACACACACACACAGUCUGCUGAGUAUAUACACACACACACAGUCUGCUGUGUGUGUGUGUGUAUAUAUUAGGGAUCGACCGAUUAUCGGUCUGGCCGAUAUUAUCGGCCGAUAUUUGGUAUUUUCGGCAAUAUCGGUAUCGGCCAAUUCAGAUACCGAUAUUGCCGAUAAUGUAUAACAGGACCGCCGGGCCCAUUACAAGCCCGGCGGUCCUGUGGGGGCCAGCAGCAAGCGCUGACUUACCUUGCAAGCAGCUCCUACAGCUCUGUGUGUAAAUCUCGCGAGACCCGCGGCCGCAGAGCGUUGCCACGGGUUACCAUGGCAACGCUCCGCGCGGCACUAAGAGCCGCGAGAUUUACACAGGGAGCUGUAGGAGCUGCUUGCAAGGUAAGUCAGCGCUUGCUGCUGCUGAGCCACCACUGUACUUAACAAGCCACUGGACCACCAGGGGAUACUAUAUCCCCCUCCCUGGUAAGAAGCAGGGAAGGGGGACUAAACAAAAAAUAAAAAAAACAUUUCAAUAUUAAAAAAAAUAUUAAAAUAAAAAAUUACACAAAUUACAUCACUACACACACACACACACUGCACACAUACUGCAUUACAUACACACUACACAAACACACACUGGGGGGGGACUAAACAAAAAAAACAUUUAAAUAUUAAAAAAAUAUUAAAAUAAAAAAUUACACAAAUUACAUCACUACACAAACACACACACUACACAAACACACACUGCACACAUACUGCAUUACAUACACACACACUGCAUUACAUACACACUACACAGGCACACACACUGCAUUACAUACACACACUACACAGACACACUACACACACACCACAAACACACACUGCACACAUACUGCAUUAGACACACACUGCACACACUACACUGCACACACACUGCAUUACAUACACACACUGCAUUAUAUACACACUACACAAACACAGUACACAUACUGCAUUACAUACACACACACUGCACACAUACUGCAUUACAGACACACACUGCACACACUACACUGCACACACACUGCAUUACAUACACAGUACACAUACUGCAUUACAUACACACACACUACACAGGCACACACACUGCAUUACAUACACACUACACAGUACACAUACUGCAUUACAUACACACACACUACACAGGCGCACACACACUGCAUUACAUACACACUACACAAACACACACUGCACACAUACUGCAUUACAGACACACACUGCACACACUACACUGCAUUACAUACACAGUACACAUACUGCAUUACAUACACUACACAGACACACACACUGCAUUACAUACACACUACACAAACACACACUACACAAACACACACUGCAUUACAUACAUACACACUACACAAACACACACACACUGCAUUACAUACACACACAAAAACACACUGCAUUAUACACACACUACAUAAACACACUGCAUUAUAUACACACUACACACACUGCAUUAUAUAAACACACUCUGCAUCCACUACACACACACACACAGUUCCCCUGUCUAAACACACUUCAUCCACUACAUGUGGCAUGUAUAUUUUGUGCAUUUACCUUUCGAAUUAGUUUAUUUAUUCAAAAUAGUAAAUGUACAGAAUAUCGGCAAGAUAUCGGCUAUCGGCCUGAAAGUUCGCAGAUUAUCGGUAUCGGCUCUAAAAAAUCAAUAUCGGUCGAUCCCUAGUAUAUAUAUGUGUGUAUGUAUGUAUAUAUAUAUAUGUGUGUGUGUGUGUGUAUGUAUGUAUGUAUGUAUGUAUGUAUGUAUGUAUGUAUGUAUGUAUGUAUGUAUAUAUAUAUAUAUAUAUAUAUAUAUAUAUAUAUAUAUAUAUAAUAUAUGUGUGUAUAUAUAUAUAUAUAUAAUAUACACACACAUAUACUGCAUUAAGGGGUGCAGUGUAUGUGUUUCUGUGUGGGGAGGGGUGCGCUGUGUGCGGGGUGAUGUGUGAGGGGUGGGGUAGGGUAGGGUGAUGUGUGUGUGUGUGUGUGGGGUGGGGAAGGGGUGGUGUGUGUGGGGUAGGGGUACAUUAAAAAAAAUAUAUAUUUAUUAAUUCUGUAUCCCCCCCUCCUUCCUCUUAACUUUGGUGAAGGAGUUGGGGGGUGGGACACACACACACACACACACACACACACACAACUAUCCCUGGUGGUGGUAAGGAUUGUAGGAAGCAGCUCUCCUGUACUCCCACGCGAUGCUGUGUGGAGCGUUGCCAUGAUAACGCACGGUGACGCUCCACACAGCAUCGCGCGGGAGGACAGGAGAGCUGCUUCCUAAAGCCCUCCCCCUGCCUCUCGACACAGAAGCAGAGCAGGCGCCUGCCGUUUCGAGCAGGCAGGUGGCUACUCUGCAGUCAGCCAGCGGCCCCCUCUCCCGGUGACCUAUGGCCGCGUGCCCACAGAGAGGGCCCGGCGUGCCACCGGUUCGCCAUCACUGCCCUAUAUCUUUCCAAAAAAAAAAAGCUAAGAACAUGUUUACACUGGCUAUUUCUAAACUCAGGACAAAAUGUAGAAACUUUAGAAUGGGUGCUUUUUGGCAGUAGUAUAUGUGUAACAGAUUUGGGGGGUCAAAGCUAGAAAAGGCUUUUUUUUUUUUUUAAUAUUUAUUUACAAUUUUUAUUUUUUAUCCUAUUUUAUAAAAAAAAAUGUAUAGUCCUUUUUUUUUUUUUUUUUUUCAUCAUAUAUAAUUUAUCUUUUAGAAAGUCCAUUUAAUGACUAGAAGUACAUUAUAUAAUGUGUGGGUACAGUAAAUGAGUAAGAGACAAAUUACAGUUAAACACAAAUACUGCAAAAAUGGUCCCAAACUGUAAGAAAAUUGAAAAGUGGUCUGGUCACUAAGGUGUUAAGGAGUUGUCAUUUCUGCUUUAAUUAGGAAUGGACAAAUAUGUUUGGCAUUUAAUUAGGCUAAGCUUCUUAAAGCAAAUCCAUAUUUUUGUUUUCAAUAGUAUGGGACAUAAAUUUCUCAAACUGUAGAACUGAUUUGUUUUCCAGGCAAGUCUGUUUGGAUAGUACAAAUUUUCUUCAUAGAAGAAUGAUAUACCACAUACAAAAAUAUACCACAUGCUUUGAGUGAUGUCAGUCUUUGUUGAUGGCACAAAAUCAUAUACGACAGGCAAAAUUGUCAUUGUCUGAUAAAAGAAGCCUUGAAAGUUAAAAUAAAAUUUAGGUAAGGAAAGCAGAAUGUAGCUUAAUGUAGUUGUUCUGGUGAUUAUAAUCAUUGCCUUCAGGCAUUUUCAUGCAAACACUGUCUUUUCAGAGAAAAGGCAGUGUUUACAUUGCCCUAGGGACACCUCCAAGUGGCCACUCUUCAGAUGGCCACUGGAGGUGCUUCCUGGCUCAGUGUUGAACAGAAGGCAGCACUGCCGUUCAGCGUCUCCAUGCUCUGCAUGGUGAUGCUGAAUUUUCCUCAUAGAGAUGCACUGAUUCAGUGCAUCUUAUGAUGAGGUGCUGAUUGGCCAAAACAGUGUUUGGCCCCGCCCCUUGCCUAUUUUAACCAAUCCAAUGCACUCCCUAUGGGAAUGCAUUGGAUUGGCUAAUCUACCAUUUUGAUGUCACAAAGGGACGCAGCCAGCGCUGGCGGACCCGCGCACUGCUGGAAAUAAGGCAAGUUUUUUAAUUAACGUUUAUUGGUGGCAAGCCACCUUUAGUGGGUUAAACACUAUAGGGUCAGGAAUACGUUUGUGUUCCUGACUCUAUAGUGGUCCUUUAAUAAAUGAAGGUUGUAUUUGUUUCAACCAUAAAAUACUUCAAAGAAGACUGUAUUUGUUUGUCCCUUUAAAACCCAGAAUACUCUAUUUUGGUUUUGUAGGCAUUAAUAAUCCUUUUUUUGCUUAAGUUGUGAAAUCUGUUUUAUUAGUGAUUAUCAGGCUAAUUUAUCCAUAAGUUUGUUGUAAAUUUCCUCUGAACUUUUACCUCUUGGAUUUUGCUUUGUGCUUUCCUGGCUGCUAGGCGGCACAUUGGUUUUCCUAGGCAAAGCAUGUGGAUAUGUAUGGAUUACAUGCCUGUGUCUAGGGAGGGGGAAGACUGCUUUUUCCAUGGAGCUCACAUUUUACUAUUGUCGAUGGAAAUGGGAAACUUGUGUAUGGAUUGUAUUGCCUUGCGUUUUAGACCUGCAGUGUUGACCAUCAGAGGUGAGUUCUGUGCCUUCUACAGAGUGCAUCCUGCUUAAUUGAUGCCACAAAAACUUCAGGAAAUACAUUUAUACUGCAUUAUAUGUACAGUGUAGCUAAUAUCCAAAGUGGUCUAUGUAGAUGCUCACUAAUUUCAGCUUCGAAAAUUCACUAAUCAGUUUUUAUGUCUUAAGAACCGUUUUAAUGUAUUAGUACAUGUACAGCUUAAGCUAGCACAGGUAUCAUAAUAUUAUUUGUGAAUAUUUGAUCUUUGUGUAUUUAGUGCUCAACUAAACUAGCAUUGCAAGGUUUAGAAUGAUUUGAAACUAAUUAUAAUUAUAAAUAUUGACAUGCUUAAAUGUUCUGUGUGCGUUUGUAGUUCUAAAUAAAAUGACUCUGUAUAGUGUGUGUGUGUGUGUGUGUGUAUGUGUAUGUGUAUGUAUAUAUAUAUGUGUGUGUGUGUGUAUAUAUAUAUAUAUAUAUAUAUAUAUAUAUAUAUAUAUAUAUAUAUAUAUAUAUAUAUAUAUAAAAUAAAAAAAUCAAACAAGCUGCUUGUCGUGUGCCGUAACUAAUGGUCAAAUAGACCUAUAAAUAAAGAGGGCCCGCCAAGGAAACGAUUAGUGAUAUAUUACAUGGAAGAGUGGGUGGGGCAAUCGCAGCGGACAUGGAUCGAGGCAGCCUGAAUCUAUAUAGCCGCAUAACCCCUCCCACAACUACAGGUUCCUGCCUUAACAUUUGUGUUCAAGGACAAAGAAGAAUUAAUCGAACAAGUCACUUGUGGUGUAUCGAAACAGAUGCCUGGUAGACCUGUAAAUAAAGAGGGCAAAAGUAUUUAGAGAUGCAAAACUUUAUUAUGGAAACACUAAAUUACGUGGCCAAAUCUUGAAAAGCUUAUUUUAAUUCCUUCUCAAGGCUGAGGUAUGUAUCUAUUGUAGACCAAUGAAUUCCAGCGACCUAAUCUUUUAAUAAUGUGAACUGGAACAUUAAUGUUCUGCACCAGUUUUAAAUGAAUGCCCUGAGAAAGAUGAAGGAUCUAAACCUAGUCUGACAAAGAGCGUCCAUACAUAUAAAAUGAAUUUGCAAGAUGUAAGGGGAUACUGUGAAGGGUUAAAAGUAGAGCUGUUAUAACAGCAUUAUAGGCCUCCGGGCACAGCAGUGCACUGGGGCCCUGCCUACACAACCACUCACAGGAGUGAAAAAGACAAUUAUCAUUAAAAUUAAGCGUGUAUUUAUUGGUACCGCUAACAAAAUCAGUGUUUAAACAUUUACAGUUAUGCUUUAAAGCAGAGAUUAAUCCACAAAAAAUUGGACAAAAUAACAGGAGCCUUGAAGUUUAAAACCAAGAAAUUCAACAUAAAGAUGAUGCUCAGUUGGUAUAUCAAACAGACAGAGAUGGCACAGUAUGAAAUUACUAUGAAUUAGUUAUUUAAGGAACACUAAUAUGUAUUCCUGACCCUAUAGUGCAAAACCCACCAUUUAGGUGGCUUGCCCCCUUAAAAGUUAAUAAAACUCACCUUAUUUCCAGCGCCGCACGGGUCUGACGGUGCUGGCCCCGUUCCCUUGGAGACAUCGUCAAAAUUGCCGUGUUUUAAAAAAAUUUUUUUAUUUAUUUUUGCCAAUACAAUGCUUCCCAUGGGAACGCAUUGGAUUGGAUAACAUCGGCAAGGGGCGAUGCCAAACGCUGUUUUGGCCAAUCAGCACCUCCUCAGAGAUGCAUUGAAUCAAUGCAUCUCUAUGAGGAAAAUUCAGUGUCCACAUGCAGUGCGUGGAGACGCUGAACAGCAGUGCUGCCUACUGUGCAACACUGAGCCAGGAAGCACCUCCAGUGGCCAUCUGAGGAGUGGCCACUUGGAUGUGUCCCUAGGGGUAAUAUAAACACUUCCUUUUCUCUGAAAAGGAAGUGUUUGCAUGAAAACGCCUGAAGGCAAUGAUUAUACUCUCCAGAACAACUACUUUAAGCUGUAGUUAUUCUGGUGACUAUAGUGUACCUUUUAGUAUUCUUUUUAAGGUACCAUAAGAAAUGACAUGGGCCUUCGCUAAAUCUGAGUGUGAGGAUAUCGUGAUUUUACCACAUAGGGUCAAAUCUGAUUAAGGCUUGAUGGUAAAUUCUUUAACUGUUUUAAUUUUAUAAUGGCGUUGGUGUGGUUUCGAAAGGAGUUUUGUCAAGUAAAUCAGGUGUGCCCUGAAUUUAUGGCCAUCUAUAGGUUGGCGUUUAGGGCCUUGUAGGUAGUCUAACCUUUGUAUGCCUUUUAGUAUGUUUUAAUUAGUUAUGAGACAAAGGUAUUGGGAGAUAUAUUUGGCAAAUAAUGGAUACCUCUGAGGUAUCAUUUUAUGGUAUUGUCUAACAAUUUAUAAUUAAGAUGGCAAACCGCUAGAAACGUCACCAUGGUCUCUAUGGAAAAUGAAUCUCUAUUCUACUAACCUGGGACAUGCAAACUAACCAGACAGAGUUGCUGAGUAGCGUCUAGCCAUGUUAACUUCCUAAUUAAAGCGGAGGACUGGCUGUUGAUAAUUUUACAGGUUGUCUGGUUAUAGGAAUAACAACAAACAGAGAUGAUGUUUUAUGAAAUGCUGACAACGUAAGAGUCGUUGGAGGCUGUUGGCUACUGAACUAUUUAUCUUCCAAUAUAGCUGCAAAGCCAGAAUGGGCUGCCGGAUUAGUCCAAAUAGUUGGGAUUUGGCCUGGGAGUGACAAUGGCAAUCCUUUUUCCAAGUGUUGUAUCGUGGUUGAACAUGACCCGAAUUGUAGGUGAAAGAAAAAAGGUCCGAACAGGAAGUUAUGCUGGUAACCAUGGCAACAAUGUAAUUGCCAUAGGAAGGAGGCAGCUUGAAGCUAUAUAACGUGUUUUUUUUUUUUUUUUCUUGUUUUUUUCUUAUUCCAUUGGAGACUAGAGAUGGCAUAAUUGGGUUAACAAUACUGCAGACAUGUAUAUGCAGGGAAAUCUGUCUAAAUUUUUUUCCACCGCUCUGCUCUCCUUGCUUGUAAUCAAAUUGACUGUUUGCAUAUUGUCAUAGCUGCAUACCCCAUGGAAUGCAAAGUCUUCAGCAUUACUUGGUGCUAUUUCUGGCACAUCUCACGGGGAUAGAAAUAGUACUGUGAAAGCAGUGCCGCUCCCAAGCAGCAGUCACUGACACCUUAUUUUCAUUUACUUAUUUAUAGUUUAUUUAAAAUGGCCUAGAAAUCACUCCCUCACACUCUAAUAUUUCAUAGUGUAAACAUGUUGUAUUGAGCAUGCACAAUGAGAAUUAGUCUGUGUGCUGAAAGGAUCCGAGUGAUCCACAUUUUUGAAUAGAUAAAAGUGUAUUUUUUAAUCAAUCCUAGGCCUUUUAUUGUUUUUAAUCAGAACCACUUGAAUGUCCCAUAAAUCCAUGGUCUACAAGAGUUUGAGAUAUGUAAUGCAAUAAACCAGUUAAUUUAUUAAAAAUACUUUGGUUUAUUUUUUUAAUUUUUCUAGUUGGCUAGAAAAAAACUAUUUUUUUUAAAUCUACUCUAUUGUCUUUAUUACACACCUUUCAUUGUCUAUCAUUUCGGAACACUUUGAUAUCCCUUUCAUUUUUAAAAUCCCUCUGUGAGCUUAAUGGAUAAAACCUCUCGCAAAUCCUUCUACGGCCUACGCUUUCCCUGGGAAGUCUUUUGUACUGCAUCGGAUAUUGUGGGAGAUGUGGGACUGUUUGUUUCCUAUUGAAAGCUAUGCGGCCUUUGGCCGACCUGAUUUAACUUUAUUUAACCAGAAAAGGGAAACAAAAGUGCAAAAAAAUAUUCUGGAUCAACAGUUAAUGUUCUGCACUGUCUGGAUCUUUUGGUGCUUCUGAGAUAGUAAAUGUAAUAAUGAGCAGCAUCUCUGAUGGGAAAAGUUUAAAGACAAAAAAGGUCUACACAAAACAAAAUCUGAAAAAAAAAAUGUUUAAAGGUAUUAAAUUGCACAUUUCUUGUGCCCUUUGUGUCCCUUUUUGACGGUGUUCAUUCAAAGCCAAUCCAUUGUGUGAGUUAUUCACUAAACACCAAAUAGUAACCAGUAGAAAUCCAGCUAGCAAAAAUUAAAACGCUGUGAUUUGGCUUCGUUUUCAUUAUGGGUUUUUAUUUCUAUUGUCUAACCCAAUAAGUAAGGUUAGUGAAAUAUAAUCGUAAAAAUAAAUGCAAACACCCAACAGCAUACCCUCUAGUGGCUGUGUUUGGAAUCUGAAUCCAGUUCUGCAUUAGUCAGUAAAAAGUAAAGUGUUUGGAAUAUUGGAAUACAAAGCUGUAUUCCUAACACUAUAGGUACCCUUUGGUGCUGUCGUCGUUGUCCCCCCUGCCCUGGCUUCAUAGAGAUGCUUCGAACCAUGCAGAGUGUGGAGACACUGAACAUCUGUGCUGUACAUUGUAGGGCACUGACCCAGAAGCACCUUUAGUGACUGUCUGAGGAAUGGCCACUAGAGGUUUUCCUAGGCUGCAAUGUAAACAUUGCCUUUUCUCUAAAAAGGUGGUGUUUUCAACAAAAAGCCUGCAGGGACAGGCUAUAGACACCAGAACAACUACAAUAAGCUGUAGUUGUUUGAGUGACACUAUUGUCCAUUUAAGUUGUCUAUUACUUGGGCUAUUUAACUUUAAAUCAGUGGCUUUAUUUUCAUAGACCAUUCAAACAUCCUUGCAUCAGUAGUACAACCAGUUAACCUACUGUCCGCAAUUUACAUAAUGCUUCCAAGGAAAAGAGAAGUUGGGUGCGGAGCUAGCUCUUUACUAUCUGGCCAUUACCGGUUUGCAGAUGACACUCGAGCAAUGGGACGAACCCAGAUUCUCCACCGAUGAUAUAGACUUGAUGCGGAGGCCCUAUGGCGAGGUGAGGCCUGGAAUGGCUGUGGAUCUCUGAGAUUUCUCAUGAGUCAAAGGAUUAUUCUGAAUGCAAGAAACAACUCUCUCUUACCAGGGAUAGUGAGUGAUACUCUAAAGUGCCUAAAUAGUGGAAGCAGCUCAACACGAAAAGUGGAAUACCCUUUAUCCACAAUACAGUACAAAUAUAUAAGAAGAAAUGGUAUAAGUUAUAUACCAACAGGUGGAGCGCUAUUGCAAUAUAAAUAGUAAAAGGGUACACUGACUCCUUCAAUACAGUGGCAAUGUGGAAAUAAACGCUUAAAAUAUGUAUACAAGGAAAAAAAGAAAACAAUAUAUAGUGCCGAUGGUUUACAAAAAAAAUGCAAAUGUGUAAUAGAAGAAAAUUGAACCACUCACAUGGACUGGAGCCUAUAUAGUAUUGGCUCCGUAGGUAAAUCCUUUUUGCUUUUUGGGCAGCAACACACCCCCUUGUCUUGAAUGGUAUUCCUCCAGGGAUAUGGAACAAGGAGACAAACCCUCCCUACCCCCCCCAGCUGCAUGCACAUCAUUUUGUACCUUAAAAGAACACUAUAAGGUCAGGAACACAACCAUGUGUUCCUGACCCUAUAGUGCAAAACCCACCAUUAAGGUGGCUUGACCUCCCUUUAACACCCUUAAAAUAAAUUAAAACUCUCCUUAUUUCCAGUGCCGCGCGGGUCUGUUGGCGCUGGCUCCUCCCCUUGGUGACAUAAUCAGAAUUGCCGAUUUUUUUAUUUAUUUUUUUAUUUUAGCCAAUCCAAUGUUCUUGCCAAUCAGCACCUCCUCAUAGAGAUGCACUUAAUCCAUGCAUCUCUGAGUAAAAUUCAACAUCCACAUGCAGUGCUGCUUACUGUGAAUCCCUAAGCCAGGAAGCACCUCCGGUGGCCACUUGGAAGUGUCCCUAAGGGCAAUGUAAACACUGCCUUUUCUCUGAAAAGGAAGUGUUUUCAUGAAAAUGGCUGAAGGCAAUGAUUAUACUCACCAGAACAACUACAUUAAGCUGUAGUUGUUCUGGUGAUUAAAGUGUCCAUUUAAUCCAUCCUGUGGAGGUGCUCUUAUUGAGCUUUUCGUUUCCUCUCUUUUAACAUUAUCCCAAAUUAUUAUUUUUUUGUUCAUCUUUGCCCUUGUAAACCUUAUGCUCCUAACUCAUACCCCCCAGAGCAUGGUAAUUAUCAAUCUCAACUAAUUUUAAAGUUGCGGUCAGUUUUAUUGCCUUCACUUUUCCAUAUAUGCUUUCUGCCUACAUGUUGUACCCUGAUUUAUGUAGAAAAUCAUAUGUUCACCUUGACUUUGCAUCCAGGUCAGUGCAGCCCCCUGUUUUUAUGUGUGUAUGUAUAAUAAUAUAGUUAAAAAAAUAGACAAAUGUUUAUGGAAUUCAAAAGCCAGACAAAUGCAACUUGAUCUGCGGAGCUCUUCUUCAAGGGGGUGAUAUAAAUUUGGGCAUAAAAAUGAAUACGAUCACUUCUCUAUGAAUUUCUCUCCCUUUUCCCCAGCAGAAUGCCUUGCUUGUUUUAAACUAGUUCUAACUAUUAAACUGAAAAGUCAUCCAGCAUGCGGUUAGUGAUGACCGUAAUGUGAGCCAAGUCAGCGUUUUAUUAAUACACUUUGCUGUAAAUAUGUUUUGUCUUAGUAUAUUUCUACUCGUUAAUAAUUUACUAUAAUAUUUUGAGUACAGGUGUUCGUAUGUUUACUUUUUAAUCUGGUCAUGCAGCAGUACAUUAGUUGUUUAUUUUAACCAACACAGGCUACCUUGUCAUUCUCGAUUUCUUUGUAGUCCUUAAUAGAACGGGCUUAGUUCUAUGAACGCGUUUGCAAAAACGCCAAUGAGUGCUUGAUCACAAUGCAUUAAUUCUACCACAAUUUCACCUUUUCUGUUUAAGUGCACCCAUGCAUAUUUUAUAUUUACACACAUAUAUAUAUGGGGGGUAUAUAUAUUAUUAUUAUUAUUAUUAUUAUUAUAUUUUUUUAUUUUUUUUAUUUUUUUUUUAUGAGAAAUUGGGCUUUCUUUUUAUAUAUGUAUGCAUAAUACUAUAUUAAAAAGGAAGACUAUUUUAAAAAUGGGGAGGGGGGGUUAAAAAGUUUUGUCUGUUUGUUUUAUGUGCAAUAAUUACUAUACACAAAGUGCAAGUAAAGAAAAUUAACUCAAAAUAAAUUCACUAAGUAGUGAUUGAAUUAAAGUUUUAAUGCUAAAACUUCACAAAAUUUGGCUUCUGUGACCAGUAAUAAAGUUGUAAUCUCAUACCAAACGCGCUAUACAAAAGUAUAUAUUUGUAGAAAGUACAUCCUGGAGACUGUGUAAUUAAGAGCAUUUAGAAACUUUUCAUUUAGCUAUUGUAUCACAAACUUAAGACUAAUUUAGGUAAAAAAAAUUUUUUUUUGUCCCCACUUAUUCGGAAGUUCACAGAUCACAUGUGUCCCACAACUGCAAUCACCACAUAUGUGUAUUCUGCUACUGUUCUCAAAUACAGUGAUACCCCAGUUUAUCCUCUUUUCCUGGCCCUAAUGUAACCCAUAGUCCAACCUACAAUCCCAUUUGUAAUUCCACCUUUCAAGGGAUUCCCUUUGCUGAUGUCAGUACUGACAUCAGUAGAGGGAUUUCCUUGCUCACAGUGUGGGAGCCCUCUGUGCUGUGAUUGCAGCUUCAGAGGAAGAGCUUUGUCUCAUGCUGCAGAACACCGAGAUCUGUGCUGGACAACUGGCAGAGCCCAGCACUGAUCUUGCUGCAGAGGGCAUGCAGAGAGAUCUCCCCAAGGUUUUUUUUUUUUUUUUCAGGCCCAGGGGUGUCUCCCUGAAACUUGGGAACACAGCCAGGCUGGGUGGGGAUAAAAUAUUUCUAUUUUAAUUUAUCACGGUAGCUUGAACGUUAUCCCAUAGCAUUUAAAGGGCUAUGAGCUGUGCUCACUUUGACCGCUGCUCAUAGCCCUCCUGAGAGAGGGGACCUCCAUGUAUUGAAAGACACCUGCAGGUCCUUGGUAGGAAGAGCAUGAAUAUGUAGGGCUUAAUAACAAUCUCUUAAAAUAUUACUCCAUGCAAAUAACCGUGUUUUAAGAAAAUACAUAUAUAUUUAGAAAAAAUAAUAAUAAACUAUAAACUCACACAUGCAUUUACCUCCAUUCUCUUACACUGACAUCUGAUGUUAGAGGAAGAGGGCUGGACAAAGGUGGCGUCCUUACACACGUUUGGUUUAUCAAAUAUUUUCCAAUGGCAUCUGUGCAUAUAACAAAUGUCUGGUACCAAAUUGCUUUAUUUUGCCCCUUUGUAUAUACUUAUUCUCCUGACAUCUGCCAUUGUUUCUGUAGACGAAGAACAGGAUGAAGAGAUCCAGCUUAACUCUGAUACGGAGGUGAUGGACCGACCAUGUCCGAUCCAGAUUGUUCUUGCCCAUGAAGAUGAUCAUAAUUUUGAUUUGGACGAAAAAGCAUUGGAAAGCAUUUUGAUGCAGGAGCAUAUCCGUGAUUUAAAUGUAGUUGUUGUGUCUGUGGCUGGUGCAUUUCGGAAAGGAAAAUCUUUUUUGCUUGACUUUAUGCUCCGAUACAUGUACAGCCAGGUAAACCACUUUCUCUUAUUUGUAUCCACAAAAUGAGUUGUUUUUUUUCUCUAAGUAUGCUUUGAAGUUUAAAGAGACUCUCCGUUGCCAGAAUCCCCCCAAAAAUAAAACUCACGGAUAUACCCCAAUGAAAACAUGUAUGAAUUAAAUUAUAUAAAAACAUACAUCUCAAUCUGCAGAUCUUUCUCUCUAAAGCCUUUGCAAGCCCUUCCCUUUUAACCCAUGUUAGACUUUCUGUGGCUGUCCAAUCAGAUUAUCCAUUGAGAAUUCUUUGCAAGGCAGGUGCUCUGGGCAAUUGCUGCCUCUUGAGUUUAGUUCUACCGUGCUAACCAAACCAAACUAGGAAGUAACUGAACCGGUUGUCUGACAGCCGGUGGGGCGUAACAAGGUUAAUUUAUGAAAGAGACUUUUUCUAUUACACUUUUUGUAAAAUGAGGCAAUGAGGACACUGAUGACCCAUAGAACAACUCUUUUCCUCCCCCUUUUUUUGGUUAUAUUACCUGGCUACUUGAAAUGAUGUCCAAUCUGAAUAAGCAGACACCUUUACCAUGGUUACAUUUGUAGCGGACCACGGGUAACCCGACUGGUUACCGCCGCUAUUACCUUCCUUCAGCCACUCUGGAACCAUCAGCACAAGUAAAUACCUAUUCCCCCCAGUAACCAGACGAAACAUAGUCCUGGGAGUCAACUGAAUCAAUUGUCACACACAUGGCUUUUAUGCCCUGUCCCCUAUACAGGGUUUACAAUGAACGAAAACAGGGGUUUCAAUCCCAGGAUCCUCUGUGCCUGAGAGAUAAUUGCGUGAGAAAAAGUCUCUAAUCUCAUUAUCUCUCUGGUACAGAAAAUCCAACAAAAUAUACAGUAACCGAAGUCUCCCCGCCAUACUCUGAAACCCCACAAAAAGUUCAUGCCCCGAUCUGAAUAUAUAACCUAUCCAAAAAUCACUCAGAUCAAUUCAGUAAAUGGGAAUGUAAUUGAGGUAAAGUUUUGACCGUGAAGUGUGAAUACCAAGGAAGGGAAUCGUUUCAUUUCUGGAUACAAAUGCUCUCCCUAGUCGGUAGUUCAUAUCUGCAGAACGUCUUUCGUGUAGGUUGUUGGAAAACAGAAGGGGCAGCGGUCUACGUUUUACCGGGGUUUGCACGAGUGCCUAGCUGGAAAACGUUCCAAGCACUCGGCAACCAAUUACUGCUGCCCACGUUCGGGAGACAAGAUUGCCGCCACUCUUUUUUUUUUUUUGUCUGCCACAUGUUCGGUUAUAUGAAAUAGCGGCCACCCAGGGGAGCAUUUAUUAAUUACUUCCUUUGUGGUUUCACACUUAAGUUACUGGUGUGAACGUUCUAAUGGGGUAUAGGGGUGGUCCUCGUUCGGGAGACUAAUGGACUUUGUUCGUAUGAAGUACGCCCGUAUGGAAAAAGGGUAAAACACACCCGAAAAAGGAGUAAAAACAGACUAACAAGUGGUAGUUCUGCCACAACAUGUAUUCAUAUAAUUCUGUUAUAAAGCAGCUACAGAACAUGUAUGCAUACUAAUUGUCAUGCUCCAUAGGAGCUUUCUAUUAUUACAUACUUAUUCAUGUAUAAGACAAAGCUCUAGUGAGGCAAAAAAAAAAUAUAGGAAGCUGUUCAUUUGGGGAAAAAAAUUAAAUUUCUGCCCUUAAAGGGACACUCCAGGCACUGCCCAUUGGAGUGGUCUGGGUGCCAACUCCCACUACCCAUAACCCUGCAACUGUAAAUAUUGCAGUUUUCAUAAACUGUAAUAUUUACAUUGCAGGGUUAACUCCUCCUCUAGUGGCUUCCUGGAGUUAACCCUGGUUUAUAGCACACUUUGCUAUAGCGUUGCUGGACGUCCUCACGCUAUGUGAGGGCCUCCAGCGUCGCUAAAAUCCCCAUAGGAAAGCAUUGAAAGCAUUUUCAAUGCUUUCCUAUGAAGAGAUCUAAUGCUGUCGCACACGUGCAUUAGGUCUCCCCCUGCCGGUGUCCGCACAUGCGCAAUCUGUCUCCCACGCCGGAUGACGGCGGGGGAGGAGUGUGGGCGGACCCUCAACCAGGUCUCAGGUGUGUCACUAAAGGGGUUCUAAACCCUUCAGCAUCUUGGGAGGGAGAGGGGACCUGCAGUGCCAGGAAAACUGUUUAUUAUAAAAGCACAAAGGGAUGUUAUUUUUUUUUUGUUUCAGCUGUUUGUUUAUGCUCUGCAUUUGCCAAAUGUCUGAAUCUGCUAAACUCCAUAAGUUACUAAACAUGAUGGCUGAUACUGUAUGUCAAAAAACUUGCCAACCAAAGUGUUAAACUUAAAGGGACACUAUAGUCACUUGAACAACUGCAGCUUGUUGUCACCGUUCUGGGCAGUAUAAUCAUUCCCUUCAGGCCUUUUUGCUGUAAACACUGUCUUUUCAGAGAACACACUGCGCAGCACUACCAUUCAGUGUCUCCACCUUCUGCAUGCAUGCAAACACUGAACUUUCCUCAGAGAUACAUUGAUUCAAUUCAUCUCUAUGAGGAGAUGCUGAUUGGCCAGAGCUCUGUUUGACUUGUGCUAACUCUGCCGAUGAUCUGUCUUUUUGUGUUACUGACCCUAUAGUGUUUCUUUUAUAGUGUACCUCCAUUAAUUUUAUUUCUAGAGAUCAAGCUGGAUCGGUGGUGACUGUGAACCUUUAACUGGCUUUACAUGGCGAGGAGGGUGUGAGCGAGAAACUACAGGCAUACAGAUCUGGAGUGAAGUGUUUGUUGUUGACAAGCCCGAUGGAUCUAAGGUAAGUUAGCCAUUUCCACAUAUGACCAGAGUCCAGUAACGCAUGCAAAGAAACAGACUAUUGGCUUAAUAACCAACUAGACUAUUUCGCAAAGAAUAAAUCAUGUGGUUCUCAUUCCCUCUCAUACUUUCUCUGCCAUUUAGGAGUUAAAUGACUUUGUUUUUAGAGCCUUAGCCAUACUUCCACUGCCUGUGACUCACUCAGACUUCCUAAACAAUUUCCAUAAAGAGAGAUCUAAUGUUUAAACUCCCUUCAUUGCACAGUCUGUUUAAUUUAGAAUAUAUUAUCUUCUGUUGUCAAUAGUGUCCUUGACCUUGCAGGAGCCUCAAGUGUGUGGUUAAAUUUACAGAAAACUUCUAAAGCAAUUUAAUAUCCAACUUAUUUUUUGCAAAUUCUACUUUUUUCUUUUUUUUUCUUCUUUCUUUUUUUUUUUUUCUUCUUUCAUGCAUGCUGUGUCAGUCCCAGCCAAAACAUGUAUGGCUAGGGCUACAUCAACAAAAAAAAGUGAUUUAACUCCUAAAUCGCAGUGACUUGAGCAGUGAGACUGCAGCGGCAUGAUCUAUAAAAUAAAACUGCUUCAUUAAGCUAAAGUUGUUUUGAUACCGUAAAUAGCAAUGGGAAAACAUUGAAAUAUUUUAACAUUUUAUCCCAAGUUUGGAAACUUAAUAUUAUAUUUUUCAUCUGUUGUUUUUGUUGGUGCCCAUCAUCUUAUUCUUGUCACAUUAUGUCAGAUAUGGUUUAACUCUAAUAUGCAAGUAAAAAUGAAGAGGACAUAUUAAAUGUCUUGAAUUUUUUUGGGGGGAGGGGUUCUGCUUACAAACGUAUUGAUAAUGUAAUCUGUAACUGAAAUGUUCUUUCUUGUGUCCUCCAUGUUUAUCGUAUGUCUGUCUUUCCUCUUAGGUUGCAGUUAUCCUCAUGGACACACAGGGGGCCUUUGAUAGCCAGUCAACAAUCAAAGACUGUGCAACUGUGUUUGCUUUGAGCACCAUGACCAGCUCCGUACAGGUUAUUUACAUUUUAACAUCUCUUUCAAAAUGGUAUAGUUAGAUUUAACUGCUAGCAACUCCAUUUGGGCAUUAAUAGAAUUGUGUCCUGACUAGCCUAGGAGUUUUUGAACUGUUUCACAUAAAUUCAGCUUGUAGGGUUAAAGGACCACUCUAGGCACCCAGACCACUUCAGCUUAAUGAAGUGGUCUGGGUGCCAGGUCCCUCCAGGAUUAACCCUUUUUUUAAUAAACAUAGCAGUUUCUGAGAAAUGCUUUUCUAUGAGACUGGCUGCAUGCGUGCGCAGCUCCUGCCGCGCAUGCGCGUUCAGCCGAAGAGGAGGAGGAGAACUCACCGCCCGGCGCUGGAGAAAGAGGUAAGUUUAACACCUUCCUCACCCCAGAGCCCGGCGGGAGGGGGACCCUGAGGGUGGGUGCACUAUAGUGCCAGGAAAGGGAGUAUGUUUUCCUGGCACUAUAGUGGUCCUUUAAUAUUGUUAAAAAUGUUCACCAAAGAUUGCCAAUAGCAUAUCAACCUCAAAAAGCACAGGCAAUGCCAAAAAUGCAACUAUAACAAGGCCGCGGAGUGCUAUCUACAUCUGUUUGUCUAUUACAUAAGUACAAGAGAAGAAUUUUACAUUCUUUGGUUAAGUGGCCACUCGCGUAUCUGAUGUAUGAAACUGCUUAUUUUGCUGUAAAAACCACAAUUACGGACUGAGCUACCAUUGCGCUCGUACUAUAUACAGUGAGGUUUUCUUUAGAUGCAGUGAACACCAUUCUCACAGCCCUUGAUCCCUAGUAGGCUGCAGGAAAGUCUUAUACAUGUUUUGUAUUUAUCAUAUGUAAAUAGUCUGUGUUUAAAAAAUAAAUAUAUAUAUAAAUAAUCUGGAACUUGCAUGAGUGUAUGAUUUCAAGUUGAAGAUGGAUUAAUAUGUAAAUGUUGUUGAACCACCUGUAGGUAAUUUUAGGUGUUGUUUCUUUGUGGUUCUUUUUUAAUUUGUAUUUUUUUUUUUUUGUAAAUUGUCUAGUUUAGUAAAUUGAACUGUUCACAUAAGACAAGGGUUAAAUGAUAAAAUGCUUCCCUAAAAUGUUCUUGAUAUUCUGCAGGUUUAUAACUUAUCCCAGAAUAUCCAAGAGGAUGAUCUGCAGCAUUUGCAGGUAAUUGUUUGUCAAAAUGGUGUAUAUCUUAGAAUUUAAAAUUCAUUUUAGAAAUAUUUUUUUUUGUUCUAUACAUUUUGUCUGUUUUCUGCUUUGAGAUAGAUGUUUCAAACCUCUUCUGUCUACAGUGCGCAAAUGACUUCUUUCAGUCUGCCCUAUCCUGAUCUUAAUUCUAUGUUCAUUAUUUAGGAUUCUCUGUAUAUUGAUUUUAUAAACGAAUAAACGAUCAUGGUAACAUGAAAUGUGCUGUAUGCUUCCUGAGGAAUUGAAUCAAAGUGACCGUAAAUAGUCCAAACUUUAAACAUGUUUACUAGCAAACCCUUCCACCUGCGUCUGUUAAAGUUUGCUUCUAAUGGACAAUUUAUAAUAAAUUGUUUAUUUUUGUGCCGAAAGAGUUAGUGACUCAUUGCCUUGUAAUGCUUUGUUCACUCGUUUGUCACGGAAUGUGUUUAAGUAACACAUUCCCUUUUUAUGAGAGCCUUAUUAUAUUUGGAUUUCGCUAAUCCUUAUUGUAGUUGACCACUUAAGGUGGUUAGUAAUAGCAAACGAGUGAUAUUAGAAGCAAUUGAUUUGACGCUUGUAAAUGUAAAGUAGCCUGCUUCCAUAUCAAAGGAGGUUAUGCAUGCUGUGUUGCUUUUAAAGUAAUAUCUGCUGUCAAGGAGCUCACGGGUGAAGUGUCACUUGAUAAACAUGUGCAUCCUCUAUUUUUCCUGAAUGUUUCUUAAUUGUUGGUUUUUAGCUUUUUACGGAGUAUGGGCGUCUUGCAAUGGAGGAGAUUUACAAAAAGCCAUUUCAGGUAAAGUAAUAAAUAUUAUUACUAAGCAGAAAGUAUGAUAUUAACACAUAUUCUAUUAUUGGUCACAGCGCUUAUUAUUGAACAGCUCAAAGACCAAAGUACAUCAUGGUGAUUAAGAAACUAUUAUUGAGGAGCCUCAGCAUUUAACUAGUUCAAUAAUUUUUCUUAUCAAUAUCUGUUCUUUUACGGCAAGUGAUUAACAUGUAUUCAGCAAUUAAAGGCUUGCUCCAAGCACCAUGACCACUUGAGUUAUUUGAAAUGCUUAUGGUGUCUGUAUGUGAAAUACUUCAACUAUUUUGCUGCUAGAGGUGUUACUCCGCCUCUGGCGGCAUCAUAAGCCAGCCCAGGACAAGAGUUCAGAGCUGGUAAUGUCCGUUUUGUACAAAUUUCUAUGCACAGAAUUGCAUUCAUUGGCUGAGAGUGGUCAGCUGACACUUCCGGCUAAUGGAUGGCUGGUAAAGUUUGUAAACUAGGUUUUUAAGUUGUGUUUUUUUAUUUUUUUAUUAUUUUUUUUUGUGUUUGUUUUUGUUUUUUUCUUGUGUAUCCUCGUCUAACACCUUUAUAUUUCUAUUUGUCUGCGCCUUUUCUUUAUAGACCCUCAUGUUUUUAAUUAGAGACUGGAGCUAUCCCUACGAACACUCAUACGGCUUGGAAGGUGGAAACCUGUUUCUGGAGAAGAGGCUGCAGGUAACAGCAAAUUGAUGUAUUUAUGGGGUUUUGCAAUCUAUAGCUUUCCAGUUAUUAAACCCUUACAGAAUGGAGGAUCAUGGGAGUUUACUUCUGAAUUGCUACUCUCUGUGACUUGAAAUUUUGUUUUUAUAUAUAUAUAUUUUGGGGCCCCUGAUUUGUGAUACUAAUUGUAUAUUUUUAUUCCUAUGAAGCUCUGCUUCUGGAAAUAUCAGAGAAAAGUCACCUAACAGUAUACUUUGAGCUGUGUGCAGUUUUUGUAAGCAUGCACUCUUCCAGGCAGUCCUAUCACCCUUUAGAUACUAUACUGAAUCACGGAUAUGCCCCCUGCUGUUCUGAUUUCAUACUCCCUAUAGGAGUAGUGUGUAGAUUUUAUAAUGGUCGAUUUCAGCACUCUGAUUUUAGAAUUACAUUUUUAAUUGCAAUACUUUCCUGCAUGACAUAAGAGUACUGAAAGAGCCCACUCCCAUUAUAUAUAAAAGUAAUUUUAUAUAGGUUCUUGUGAGUGCACUUUUGCCCUUCAUAUAUAGCUGCAGUACUUACAUUUGGGUAGUUGCCUUAACUAGGCAAGUAAUCAUUAAGAACAUAGGAUUUAAAAUGUUGGCAUCUCUCCCUAAUUACCUGUAUAAACACCACCUCCCCCCCCCCUUCAGAUUUUGCCUGUUCAAGAUGGAUAAGAGUCUGUGAGGCAGUGGAAUAGAAUAGGUUUCUAUUUGGCAAGUAUUAUUAUUAUUAUUAUUAUUGCCAUUUAUAUAGCACCAACAGAUUCUGUAGCGCUUUACAAUAUUAUAAGAGGGGUGAUUUAACUAUAAAUAGGACAAGAAAACUUAAAGGAACGAUAGGUUGAAGAGAACUCCGUUCAUAUGAGCUUACAGUCUAUAGGAGGUGGGGUAUAAAACACAUUAGGACAGGAAAUAGGAAUCAAAUAAGGUGGAAGUAAAGCAGAGUUGGAGGAGAGAGUAGAGUGCUGCCCUUUAGGAGAAAGCAAGAGACAGGUAUGUGAGGUAGAGGUUACUCUCGGAGGCCAUAAGCUUUCCUAAAGAGAUGGGUUUUAAGGCACUUCUUAAACUAUUGAAGACUAGGGGAGAGUCUGGCUGUAGGCAGGCUAUUCCAUAGGAAGGGAACUGCCCACGAGAAGUCCUGCAAGAGUGCAUGGCAGUACACAGGCAGAGCGGAGAGACCGAGAAGGGGCGUACCUAUGGAUCUGUAAAGAGAUAUGAGGGUAUAGAAUUGUUCAGUGCUUUAUAGGUAUGGGUUAGCACAUUGAAUUGACUCCUAUAGGAUCCAGGAAGCCAGUGUAAAGACUGACAGAGGGGUGAGGUAUGAGAGGACUGACUAGAGAGGAAAAUUAGUCUGGCGGCAGCAUUCAUUAUAGACUGUAGAGGGACAAUUUUGGGAAGACCAAUUAGGAGAGUGUUACAAUAAUCCAUGUGGGAAAUUACUAGAGCAUGGACAAGCUCCUUGGUAGCAUCUUGCAUAAAAAAGGGGAGGAUGCAGGCUAUAUUUUUAAGAUGGAAUCUACAGGAUUUAGCAACAUACUGGAUGGGAGGCUUAAAGGUGAGGCCAGAAUCAAGUAUUACACCAAGACCGCACGCUUGCAAGGAUGGACUGAUGUGGCUACCACUAACUUGAAGGGAGAGCGAAAGAGGCGGAUCAGUAUUAGGAGGAGGAAAGACAAGGAGCUCAGUUUUAGAGAGAUUGAGUUUCAGAAAGUGGGAGGACAUCCAGUCAAAGAUGGAAGAAAGGCUAGCAGUGACACUUUGCAGGACGGCAGGGUAGAGAUCCGGGGAGGAUCUCUCCCUCCUUCUCUUCUCUCCCUCCUUCUCUUCUCUCCCUCCUUCUCUUCUCUCCCUCCUUCUCUUCUCUCCCUCCUUCUCUUCUCUCCCUCCUUCUCUUCUCUUCUCUCCCUCCUUCUCUUCUCUUCUCUCCCUCCUUCUCUUCUCUUCUCUCCCUCCUUCUCUUCUCUUCUCUCCCUCCUUCUCUUCUCUUCUCUCCCUCCUUCUCUUCUCUUCUCUUCUCUCCCUCCUUCUCUUCUCUUCUCUUCUCUCCCUCCUUCUCUUCUCUUCUCUCCCUCCUUCUCUUCUCUUCUCUCCCUCCUUCUCUUCUCUCCCUCCUUCUCUUCUCUCCCUCCUUCCCACAACCAAAGACACUCUGAAAGUAAAGGUGGUGGUGUAGAGUUUCUCCUCUCACCUCACUGCUCCUUCAAACCUCUACCCACGCCCCCUUCCCUCUCUUUCCCAUCAUUUGAAAAACCCUUCUCUGCUAACAUUAUCACCCCCUGGUUCCCCUCUCCUCUUCAAGGAGGGAAGGAGGGAGAGGGAAGGGAUGGAUAGCAGAUGUUAAUCAAUAUCAGCUGACAGCUGCUGGAGGUCAGUAGAAUGAAGGUUCAUCCUGAGUUGAGGGGGGUUAGGGUGAGGGGGUACUUGAGAGCAAACAAUAAGAGGUGGUGAUCAGAGAGAGGAAAUGGAGUGUUGCAGAUAUUAGAUAGAAAUUAAGCCGAGGGUAUUGCCAGCUACAUGGGUAGGAGAAUUAGCCUACUACGAUAGCCCCAUGGAGGAAGUAAUUGCAAGUAGUUUAGAGGCUGCUGAGGUCAAAGGUGGGUUAAUGGGAAUAUUGAAGUCUCCGAGAAUUAGGGAUGGUAUAUUAGAAGAGAAGUAUGGUUGCCAGGCAGCAAAGAGGUUAAGGAAGAGGAGAGGGGAACCAGGGGGUGAUAAUGUUAGCAGAGAAGGGUUUUUCAAAUGAUGGGAAAGAGAGGGAAGGGGCGUGGGUAGAGGUUUGAAGGAGCAGUGAGGUGAGAGGAGAAACUCUACACCACCACCUUUACUUUCAGAGUGUCUUUGGUUGUGGGUAAGUUGAAGACCACCAAAGGACAAAGAUGCAGGGGUAGCAGUGUCUGAGGGGGAGUGCCAAGUUUCUGUUAAGGUUAGUAAAUCUAGGGAACAAGAGAUGAAGAGGUCGGAACAAGAGAUGAAUAGGUCGUGGACAGCAGUGGAUUUUGUAAUAUUGCAAACAGAGCGUGCAUUCCAGAGGGCAGUAUUGAAGGAGGAUUUAGAGGAAGAGUAACAUGAGAUGGGUAUGAGAUUCGUGUGGUUCCUUGAGUUAGUACGUGGUGGGUUUGCUGAGAUGGGACCGGGGUUUGGAGAGACAUCACCAGCUGCUAGGAGCAGAUGGGUAGAAAGGAAGUGAAGGUGGGGGUAGGAUUUGAAAGUUUUGUAGGAGUGUAUGUACAUUGAGGAUUUGGGAGGAGUUGGAGGAGAUAGACUAUAUGUAGAUUGCAUGGGAUUCCACUUCAUUCUCCCUGGAAUCAGUAGUGUGGUGCCAGUCUCCAUCAAUUUUAACAGAUGGCCCUUUGAGGCAGGUGAUAUUUACAGUGAUGGAAGGCACACCAAUUGUGUGUUUUAUGUGAUAAUGGAAAUAAAGUGCUGAACCUUGUGAUGGUCACAUUGGAGGCAGUGUUUAUCCCAUGUACAGCCUGAUGGGAUGAAUUCACGAGGUGCAAAGCAUUCCACAGAGAUUAUACAUUACUUUUGCAGUUACUCUAUGAUUACAUGUACUCCAGAAUUCUUGGCCUUAAAAUUCAGAUUUACUAUGGUAACAAUGACCAUGGCAUACCAGUCAGAAUUCAGAGGGAGUGUCCUCUUAAACAGUAAUAUGCUUUUCAAUGUAAGAAUAUUUAAUUUUCUGAAUAUGUGUGUUAUUGCUCGUGUCUAACCUGGCUUCUAUAUUUACAAGCUAUUUCUCCAGACAAGCCUUUUGUUAAAAUUAAAUCUCAUAAGUGCAAGCUUGUGGUCUCUUAAGAAAUCCCUUAGGCAGAGGCAUUUCCAUAAUUCCCUUUUCUUUGAUUGACUCAGCUAGAAAAAGACAUAUCUUACACACACAUUCUUCAAGCGGUUGCUUCUUAAAGAAAGACUUUAAUUUCCGUAGCAUCUGUAACAAGGCCCAACGUGUAUAGCUUCAGUCUCUGGAGGAGAGUCUGUCAGGAGAAAGUUCUGAAGGUCCAGACGCUUCAUAAAAUUAACCAACCUGAAGCAGACUUUCACAGAAUAAAAAAAUAAAAAAAAAGCUGCAAUCCACUCAAUCUUCUUGGUAAAACACCUCUCCUCCCCAGUACCUAGAAAUUGUAGGAAGUGGGAGAGAUGAUCAAAAUUGUUAUCUGGACAGUUUUAAUACUCCUGUACCGAUGCCUCAUCUCCUAUGGAAGUGUCAGCUGAGCAAUAUUCGGGCUUUCCUGAUCAUGAAAUUCAUAUAACUAAAAGCAAUGAAAGGGUUUCUUACCUUUUUAUCACAAAAUGGUGGAUGCUUAGAUGCUAUCACAUCUGCAAAGCAUGCUGGAGAUUUAAAAAAAUUUCUUGGGGAAAUGGUCAUUAUGCAUCUGAAACCUUCUCUUCAUAGAAGUUUUAAACAAAGCCAAUCUUGGUAAAGAAGUAUUCCUCUCCGCUUUACCAUCCAUUUUCACCAUCAAGCUAAGUUGACACGGUCUGGAUAUUUGUUGCAGUAUUAUCCAUUCAGCACAGUUCAACAUGACGGACAAUCUAUUUGUCUUUUUAAAAGAAUAUUACAAAGGUAACAUAGCGUCAAACGUUAUCUGGUGAUCCGCCCACCCAUUCUCAACACAGGAGGGUACUUUUGGGUGGAUGGUGCUUAAAGCGGUGCCACCCUAAUGAAGAUCUAAACCCAUCAGAGCUUGUGACUCGAUGUAAAUACUGCCGCUGUAUGUAGGGAAAACCUGGCCUUUUACCUAUCAUAUUGUUUUCUUCCCGUAUUUAGCAGCAGUACUAUUUGUUCCCUCCUUUAUAUAUUAAACUUUGUAUUUUAGCAUAAUUUGGUGUCUGAUGUAUACCUGAAGGAAGGAGAGUGUUCUAGUGUUGUUAAGCCAUUAAUUAGGAGGUCCAUAACAGUUACCUCUCCAGUUAUGAAGGUGAAUACCCACAUGUAAGUACUACCGCUAACACGGAAGGAAAAAAUAAUUAGUAAUAAGUAAAAUUCCUGUUUUCCAUCACCAAACGACAAAUUGUAAUGAUCAGAUGCCUCAACCUACAUCCUCCUCUUCUCCAGGUGAAACAAAACCAGCAUGAAGAGUUACAGAAUGUCAGGAAGCACAUACACUCUUGUUUUACAAACAUUGGCUGUUUCCUAUUGCCACAUCCUGGUCUCAAAGUUGCCACCAACCCCUCUUUUGAUGGAAGACUAGUUGGUAAGUGAGCCCUAAAUAAUACAUGCUUCACAUGUGUUUGUAAGGUACAGCACACUUUGAUUUCUUCACAAUAAACCUGUAUAUCCCAACCAAACCUGUCUUGCUUUCAUAUGAUUUUUUUUAUAGCUUAGGACAGUUUCAUAGAUGUUUGAUUGUAAUAACCAUUGUAUGAAUUUGUUAUAAUGUUAAAUUGAUCAAUGGUGAAUCGCUGACAGUGAUUGAGAGCUCAUUCUUUAACCCCUUAAGGACCCAGCUUCAAAAGAGUGUCUUGCGCUUAAAGGACCACUCUAGGCACCCAGACCAUUUCAGCCCAAUGAAGUGGUCUGGGUGCUAGGUCCCCCUAGUUUUAAUUCUGCAGCUGAAAACAUAGUAGUAAGUGGCUGAAGGGGUUUUAACCCCUUUAGUGCGGGGGGAACCUAAUAACCCUUUAGUGCCAGGAAAAUUUGGGACACAAGCAUUUUUUGCUAUUUGCGUUCAACUGUAAUUUGCAUUUUACUAAUUUAUUGUACCCACACAUAUUAUAUACCGUUUUUUUAAAGGACAAAAAGCUUUCAUUUGUUGCAACAUAUUCAUAUAUAAAUGCUUAUUUUUUUAUUUUAUUUUUAAAGAUGCAAAAAAAAGGGAAAAUAUUGUUUUUUGUUUUUUUACAGUUUUUGCCAUAAUGUGUGCAUAAUUAGUGCAGGUUAAGGAAAGUAAUUAAAAUUAAAUUAGUUGUUGUGAUUUACAGAAUAUGUGUCUAGGAUUUUUAAGAUAAAAUUUGGUAGUUACAGGUCACAAAGCACAAGGAGUAAAAUUAACAUUUUAAUGUGGAGCGAUUUUAGAAUUUGGUAUGUUUGUCUUGUAAGCUUAAUAGCCAUAAAAGAAAACAAAAUUGCCACACAAAAGUAUAUAUUUAUGUGAAGUAGACCUCAUAGGCUAUUUACCCAAGGUUUUUUUGACACUUUUUAUGUAGCCAUUUCACCGCCAAUCUCUUUAAAAUUGUGGGUUUUUUUUGGUUUUGACAUACAAACUUAUAACCCAGAUCUUCUCAUGUGUGCUAUUCCUGUACAAAACAUUAUUUUAUGUUCAGCUACAUCUGCUGAGUAAAAUGACACCCCCAUUGUAUGUCUUUGGCACUAUUUCGUGAAGCUACAGUGCCAUAUAGGAGACCUGUCCAUUUCAGUAUUUACAGUAGAAUUUUGAGAGCCGGAUUUGAUGGGCCUAUGUUUUUAUUUGGGGUAUUAUAGCAGUUUGACUGUUUAAAAAAACAAAACAAAAAAAAAUGCCUACCAUUUGUAAAAGUUGACACCCCAGGGUAUUUCAAAAACAUAUUUUAAACCUUAGUGUAGGAUCAAUUUAUUUUAUUUUAUUUUUUUUGCUAGUUUGUACCAAGUCUAGUAGUAAUUAGCAUUUUUUCUGCCUUUUUGACACACACUUGGAGAUGUUACUGUAUAUUUUGCAAUCCAUGUGUGCUACAGCAGUAUAACACCAAAUUUGUUGCUCAGCUGUGUCAUCUUAGUACAACAAUACCCCCAUGUGUACCUUUUUCAGGGAUAUGUGGCUGUUGAAGGGGCACAUUUGAGACACACCAAUUUCAUAUUUUUCAAAAGCGGGUGCUUGGCCAAAGUCUCAUGAUUGCAAAUUACCUCUCAAAGGCCACAUCUAUUUUUAAAUAUAAGCAGCUCAUCAAUUCAAAUUAUGAACAAGUACAUACUAUUUGAAAGAGGGAAUAUUUGGCGUAAACUUAUCAGGGGGUAGUACCCAGUCAUCUGAGUCACAGGCAACACUGUCACGGAUUUCAGAACCAAAACACACAGACAGACCACAAAGAGAGAAAACACAGAGAGAGAAACUUGUAAUACCGGUCCUUGGAAUGGCCAGGCUAUACAAGCAGAGAAUAGUCAAGUUACAAGCCGUGGUCAAAGGAGUAAAGAAAAAAACGGAACAACGAUAGGACAGCAACGAUGGGACAGCAGAGGUCAAGGAUCAGAGAAGAUAGGAUAAAUGGGAGACAAAGCCAAGAUUCGGUAACCAAACAGAUGACUAAAAUCACACCCCAAAACCGGUCUACUUAUUCGGCCUGGGUGUGGAAAAUUUUAAAACCGUGGCCAAUACAUUGGCCGGGCUGAGAUGGGCUAGCAGGGCAGUAAUAACUGGUCUCUGCCAUUACGCCCUUUUUGUAACACACCCUGCACCUUUUCUGGGGAGUUUUCUUUCUGGGGGUUGAUGGAAUCCUGAAGCAGAAGUGACCUACCUCCAUUCUUCUGCUAGGCUCCACUGAUGGUCCCCCUCUAUAGCACUCAAGCGACCCAGAAAUGAGCUGAAACUGAAAUUAUAGAGACGUGAAUUUCAGCUCAGCAUUUGCCUUUUUAAAAAUUACAAAGGCAUUUCGGAUUUCCGUCUGAUAGAGAGAGAGAGAGAUUUAUUUAUUUAUUUAUUUAUAUAUAUAUAUAUAAAAAAUUUCUCUCUCUCUCAUCAGUUGAUCGGACAGGUCAGCUCCCCCCAUAUGCCAAUUGUAAUUUGUUAUGCAGACUGGCACAGUAUUAAUUUCUCCUCUGCCACGAACUGCGACCUUGCGAGUGCGUUCACCAUGGAUGGUGGUUAGGAUGAACACCUCCUUUAAUCACGGUACUUUAGUGCCAGCAGUUCAUUCUGGCAGAGAGCUGCUGUUUCCCCCCCCUUUUUUUUUUUCUCCUACUAGAGCCUUUGGGAAACUUGUGCGACUCUUCCGAAUAGUGCCACAGCCUCAAAGCGGUACAGCAUUUUUAGAAGUGGGAUAUUAUAAUAAAAAUUAUCAAUAUACAAGUGAUAUCCCCUGUUUAGUAACGGUAUAAUUAGGUCCCAGACAAUUUUCCCACCUGUCCCUACUAUAUCUGGGCAACCUGGGGGAUCAAGGUGGCUAUCCCUUCCUUCGUAUACACGAAAGGUGUAAACAUAGCCAUUGCCACAUUUUUACACAAUUUAUAAAACUUGAUCCCAUAUCGGGAUCUUUUGGAUUGUAUGUACUGUUUAAACCCUAAUCUUCCUUUUAAACUACACGAGGGAUUUGUCAAUAGAAAUGUUUUUUCGUGUAUAAAUAGUGGCAAAUAUUUAGUUAAAUUGGGCAAUUAGAGGGCAUAUUUUAUAUAGAAGAUCAUACUGCAGAUGACCUUUUGGGGGGCACUUCGUAUUGUCACUAAAGUGCAUAAAUCGCAGUAUGUGUUCGUAUCUGUCCCUACUCAUUGUAUGUGAAAAAAUGGGGGUAUUGCAAAUGGGGUUUUUAGACCAAUACAUUCUAAUGGUUGGCUUUUUAAUUAUCCCCAUUAGCAUUGUCUGUGCUCAGAAUUGUUUCAAUUCUGGCACACUGGUUGGGUUCCAUCUCUCUUUCCUGGCGAUAAGAGACUCUUUAUUGUGUGCCUGAGACUGCUCAGCGUACAGAUUCGUCUGGGUGACUAUCUCCCCAAAAAUAUCAUCCCCCAAGAUCAGCUGAAUACAAUCCAGCGUAUUAUAACCAGAUAGGUCACCCUGUAUGCCAGGAUUGGCAGUGAACUCUGGGAUGUCUGGUGAAAAAUUAUUAGGGGGUACCCAGUCAUCUGCACCAUGUUCAGAAUCGGGAAUCCGCGAUUUCUCCUGAUGGUCCUGCAGUAUCUGGCACAUAGUCCCUGUUCCCUGCGUCACUCUCUGUGGCAGUGUCUGUCGCCUCUGAGUUGGCUGCUAACUGAGCAUAAGCCUUCUCUAUGCUAUACUUCCAUGUAUUAUUGUGUACUACAGUAAUACAUUUUACUAAAUAACUAAACUUUAAUUUUUUUACUUUUUUUUCCCCUCCGCUUUUCACACCUAGCUAACUUAUCAGUAAAUUCCCCAAUUCUCACUAAAUUCCACCAACCCCAACGAACUAAAUCACAAAUUGAUAAAAUAUUAAAAUGUAACCCCUUAGGGUUACUAAAAACAAAAACUAGAUCACAGUAAAGUACUGUGAUCUGUAUUUUGAUCACUGCUGGCAGUAAUCAAUCAUCAGGGAAAGGGUUAAAAAAAAAAUUUAAAGCACAGGGUAAAGGGGAUUUGGAACCUUUUCUGACACAAUUUAUUCUCUUCAGAGACACAAAGUAACAAGGAUGGUCUCUCUCCACUUCACAAACCCAACAGAGGUGAAGGGAGGAGGAACUGAAAUCCCAGCAGCAUUGUGACUGCUGUAACUGGCUGUCUCAGUGAUCACGUGGGCUGAACAUUGCGAUGUGAUGUUAUUGGUCUGCCACUGACUCGUAGACACCCAGCAACAUCAUUAACCCCAUGAUCGCAGGUUCAUUUUAGCGUACGAUCGACCGGGUCCGUCAUUAAGCGGUUAAAAUGAAGACUGAGAAUUGUAUGUAACCUAUCCCAAAUAGGUUAUUUCUAGGCUGUAAAUACAGUGAGUUUUUACAAGUGUUCAGGGGAUAGCUGCUAUUAGCAGUCAUAUGUGGUGUUGGAAUCCUAUAUUUUCUAUAACAUGGCAAUCUUGUAACUCAUAGCCUUUUCACAUCUCCACAUGGGCUCUAAUUUGAAUUUGUAUAUGGUCACUCUCGUAACUAAAUGGUUAUUCAAUUUAUCCAUAUAAGAAGAUAUCUUCUCUGGGAUAAUUAGAAUUUGGUGGGUCCAGUGCUUGGUAGUGGCCUCAGCAGUUUGCUAAAUUAAAAAAAAUAUAUAUAGAUACCUAUUUUCCAUGUGAAAUGCUUUUUAAUAGAACAUGUCACAAUCUGAUGAGAUUUAUUGCAUUUUGUCAAUAUAUUAAAUAUUUGUUUUUUUGUGUGAGAGAAAACGUUUUAAAAUUGUGUUAUAGUUUAUUGUAAACCGUUUUAUGUAUUGUAUUUGAAUAAAUUGCACUGAAACCUUGUAAUAAUGUAUUUAAUAUUUAGUGAUUAGUUAUUGAACGGGCCAUUUGCUGUUGAUGUAUUGCAAAUGUGGGAUUACAGCUGCAGGUUUUUUUUGUGAUUUUGCUUUUAUUUAUGUUUUUUUUAUCGUUUUUAGACAUAGAUGAUGAGUUCAAAAAGGAACUACAAAAUCUGGUACCUUUAUUGCUUGCUCCUAAAAACCUAGUACAAAAAGAAAUAAGUGGCACCAAGGUGACUUGUCGAGAUCUACUGGAAUAUUUUAAGGUAAAGUUUGUUUUUCUAUUAAUGUACCAAUGUUCUGUAUUUCACAUGUAAUAGAGUGCACUGAAACUAUACAUUACCGUGCACACGUCAUGCAGAAAUUAUGUUUAUAUCCCCCUUUCCUUCUGUGAAUUCAUAAAGAUGAAUGGAACGUAAAAACCCAAGGGCAGAGUCUAGGAUAUUUGAUACCCUACUAACCUUAUCUGAGGAAAGUGAUUUAGGAGUAAGUAUUUCUGAUGACUUUAAAGGUAGGCAGACAAUGUAAUAGAGCAGCAGAGAAUGCUAGCAGAAUGCUUGGUUGUAUAGGGAGAGGUAUUAGCAGUAGAAAGAGGGAAGUGCUCAUGCCAUUGUACAGAACACCGGUGAGACCUCACUUGGAGUAUUGUACGCAGUACUGGAGACCAUAUCUCCAGAAGGAUAUUGAUACCUUAGAGAGAGUUCAGAGAAGGGAUACUAAACUGGUUCAUGGAUUGCGGGAUAAAACUUACAAGGAAAGGUUAAAGGCUCUUAACAUGUAUAGCUUGGAGGAAAGACGAGAUGGGGGGAUAUGAUAGAAACAUUAAAAUACAUAAAGGGAAUCAACACAGUAAAGGAGGAGCCUAUAUUUAAAAGAAGAAAAAAUACCACAACAAGAGGACAUAGUCUUAAAUUAGAGGGGCAAAGGUUUAAAAAUAAUAUCCGGAAGUAUUACUUUACUGUGAGGGUAGUGGAUGCAUGGAAUAGCCUUCCAGCGGAAGUGGUAGAGGUUAACACAGUAAAGGAGUUUAAGCAUGCGUGGGAUAGGCAUAAGGUUAUCCUAACUAUAAGAUAAGGCCAGCGACUAAUUAAAAGUAUUUUGAAAUAUUGGGCAGACUAGAUGGGCCGAAUGGUUCUUAUCUGCCGUCACAUUCUAAGAUGGUAGAAAAAAAGGUUUCAGAUAAGAAUGUAAUUUUAUCACGUCAAUUGCUGACAACUUCAACAGCACAUGAAAAAGAUGACAUGUAUGUGCCUGAAGUGAAACUUGUAAUUUGAAAAUAUCAAUAAAAAUAAAAAAAUUGGAGAUGAGGGGAGUAGUUUUUUUUUUUUUUCUUUGAAUUCUUCAAUUAAUUUUUAGCACUAGUAAAUGCAGCAUACAUUGCACUAUAAAAAGUACAAAAGCAGUAGUAGUUGUAUGUCCCUUGCUAGUGUCAAAACUUUGACUAAAUCUACAAACCUGUUGUCCUAAAUAUUGGCCCUGCUGAUGUGACUUGGCUGAUGUGAAAUGGGGGGGAAAAAAAUCUGUGGGCAGGUUUGCUCAGUGCCCACAACCUGUACAUUGCUGUAAUUGAAAAUGAGCGAGUUCAAGUUUAGCUUCCAGGCAUAUCCUGUGUUUAGCCUAACCUCUUUUAUGGUUUGCCACUAAGUAGACAGUGUAGAAAGACUUUGUAUGAGAACCACUACAUUAAGCUGUAUGUUUAAAUAGUUGGACACUGAAUGUGUCUUUGCAUUACCAUUUUUAACUGUGUGUAAUCUAAUAUAUGUGCUUCUUAUUUAUUAGGCUUACAUCAAAAUCUAUCAGGGAGAAGAACUGCCCCAUCCUAAAUCUAUGCUACAGGUAAAUACAAUUUAUAUAACUAGAAAAUGGGGUGUGAGGGGUUGUUUGCAAUGACUAACUUUGUAUUCAUUGAUAUUUGUAGGCAACAGCAGAAGCAAAUAAUUUGGCCGCUGUAGCCGGUGCAAAAGACACUUACAGCAAAAGCAUGGAGCAGGUGAGUUUAGACCAGUACUUCUAACUUUUGCCAAAGGAGCACAUAUACACUUCACAUUUACAUAUUUCUGCGUCAGCUGAUCAGAAGAGUAUCUGGAGGAGUGGGGUGGGUCUGGUACCACCUGAUUGCAAUCUUGUACACUAAAUCAUAAUCUGCUUCUCUAUGAAGACCUGAACAGGGAGAACAAGGUGUUAAUUGAAGUAUUUAAAUUGUUAAUAAAAAAAAAAAAAUGAUUUGGUUUUGGAUGGACAUUGCAUAGUUUUCAUGCUGUCGGUUUACAUAUUAUUUGUAUUUAUAUAGUGGCAACUUAUUGCACAGCGCUUUACAAUAUUAAAGAAGGGGGACAAUGAGGACCCUGCUUACAGUGUAGAGGAGUAUCGUAUAAGGACACAAUAGGGAGGGCAUUAAGGGGGACAAUAAAUGAGCAAGGUGGGAAAGUAACAUAAUUGAAAAAGAACUCUUGUUUAUCUAGGCACCAAUUGGCGUAUACAUUUUGUGGGAUUUUUUUUAUACAAAAUGAAAUGCUAGUCUUGUUUCAAUCUGGUUCAUGUAACUUACUAGACAAUGGCCUGAAUACUGAAGUGAACUGCUAAUCCAUUGAGCUGAAUCCAUGGCUGUACCACUACAAAACAAGCGGAUAGCUAAACCCUUUUUAACUGUUUAAAAAGAACACAAGCAGGAAUUGGCCUAGCAUAACAUUGUGUUCAGCAAACCGUUUAUCAUAAAAUGACAGUGACCUCGUUUGGGCUCUCAGAUUGGAAGUACUUAUUAUACUUGGCAAAUUGGAAGAAAUGUAUGAUGAUAUUUUAUUCCCAGAGUCACUUUUUAACCAACGCCUGUAUGCCUUUGUCAUACAAGUGUAUGUUACAAAUAUUACUACUGCAGUUGUUGCAUGUGUGCAUUGAUAUUUUUACUACACAACUAAAUGUUGCAUCCCACAAUGCAUAGCACGUGGAAGGAAGUAUCAUGUCUCACCCGGAGCAGAUAUGUGCACAUACAAAUUUAGUGGUCGAAUAUGUAGCAAAGAAAGCAAUAUUCUGGUAAAACUAGUAUUUCAUCCAUAUAUUGCCUAAAGGAGAUCUUUAUAAUAACACUUUAGAUGAGAUCCAUAUUUUAGAAGACGUAAAGUUUAAAAAAAUAAAGUGGCAAAUAUACUUUGGUUUUUAUUAUUACAAAGGCAACAACUAAAUUGGAUAAAAACGGUCGAUAACCACUUCAAAUGCAGUACCUGUUUAAGCUUGAAGGUAGCAGGCUCAGUUUCAGAAACGGCCAAUUCAACAUUAUACCCUUCUGAGACAGUAUAAGAUUGACUACAAUUAUGCCCACUAUAACCUUGAUUAAAUGAGUCAAGUCCAAGAGUGUGAAUUUGAGUUUUGAAUUUCCAUAAAGAAACUGUAAUGCACCCCUGUUUCUAUCCCUGUACGCUACCAUAUAAGUGACCCUCCUUGAAGAGCACCCUUCUAUGUGACCAAAGAUUGCACCGCUUUACCCAGCACUGCAUACAUGUUGCGAUGACACUGCUCAACUAAGCAGUGUGAUAUUUAGACAAGUAAGCAUGUUAUUCCUUCCCUGGAUCUCUUAAAUGGCAGCACAGAAGGAGAGAAUGUGCGGUGACCUGGCACGGUUACUAUGAGUGCUUAAUAGGUCAUAUGCAAGAAGUUGGUUGUCAUUGCAUGGUUUGGCAUGAAUUCUAGAAAUAUUAGCAUUUUAAAUCUGUCUUUGAUACAAAACUGUCCUAUUGUGGACAAACACAGAUAACUUAUUGAAUGCUACUGCAAACAUCCAAAUGUAAUGGGAUUUAAAAAAAAAAAUGUUUUUUUGUUUUGUUUUUCCAAGUUUGGAAAAGCAUGUACAGUUAUUGGUGAUAUUUGCAAUGCUCUAUUCAAGACAAACAAUGUUUUUAAAAGAAUGUGUCUGCUAAGAUGUGCUUAUUUUGUUUUAGGUUUGUGGAGGUGAUAAGCCAUAUAUUGCACCAGCAGACCUCGAAAGGAAACAUUUGGAUAUGAAAGACGUCUGCAUAAAGCAAUUCCGUUCAAUAAAAAAGAUGGGAGGGGAUGAGUUUUGCCAUCGCUAUCAGGAGCAGCUUGAGGCCGAGAUUGAAGAAACCUAUGCAAACUUCAUGAAGCACAACGACGGCAAAAACAUCUUCUAUGCUGCUCGAACCCCGGCUACUUUGUUUGCCGUUAUGUUUGCUAUGUACAUUAUCUCAGGGCUGACCGGUUUCAUUGGUCUGAACUCUAUAGCAACCAUUUGCAAUUUAAUCAUGGGAUUAGCAUUACUGUCUUUCUGCACCUGGGCAUAUGUGAAGUACUCCGGGGAGUUCCGAGAACUGGGAAGCUUAAUAGAUCAGAUUGCUGAGAUAAUAUGGGAACAGGUUAGUAGUUUUAACCUUUCUUUUUAUUUAUUCAAAUUUGUGAAGUACAUUUCUUUCUACACCUAAAAAUACAGGUUUUAUGCUUUGUUCCAACAUUCAUUUGCAAAUGUGCAUCCAUAUAGUUCAAUGUUUAGUUCUUUACUCCACGUCGAUUGAGUGCUACAUGGUGGUAACCCUUUAUAAUCAUCUAUUUUAUUUCUAAUUCCUUGAAGUCUCACCACAUAAAAGCAUAUAUUGAGUUCACUGUCUCUACAGCAAACUGAAAAUGAAAUUCUUUAUGUAGCUGUACGAUUUCAAGAAGUACUUAGUCUGCGUAUGUUGUGGUAGUAAUAUAAAUAUAUAUAUAAUUUUUAAUUUUUGUUUUUUCUUUCGUACUGGGCACACCGGAAGCUGCAAUAGAAAGUUAGGGAGAAAAAGCACGUCUAUAAGAUUUGUAAUCUGUAUUAUAUGUAGUCUGAAUAAUAUCAGCAGAACAUUUUAAGGUUAAAACAAAACUAUAUGUGCCUUUUGUAUCAAUAUCUUUAAAUGUGUCUUAACAGCUGAUGGCACAGAUACCCCGGUGCAAACCAUUUAAAUGCAUUUGUGGAGUUUGCAUGCUUUAUAUUGAUAUGUAAUGGAGGACCCACAGUCUCUGCAUUUUAAACUGAAGGAUACAUUUUAUUCUGUUACACACAACUAGAAUCACAAUAGCACUUCCCCGGAAUUCAUGUCUUGACUGUGCUGCUAGAUGCUUCUUUCUGAUCUCCGUCUUGUGAAGUGGAUGUUGUGAGCAAUAUCCCAGAAUGUCAGACUUUCAUUAAUCUCACCAGUUAUCCAAUACCCAUUGAUUUGAUUUAUUUUUUAACAUGGGUGGUGACAUAGCAAUUGGUGACCCAUUAAUAAAUUAAGCUGUAAUAGAUUUAAAUGUUUUUGUUAGAUUAUUGCCUUAUGGGCAAAGAGUAUUUUAUUUUUUUCACCUUUUGUGCCAGAGUAAUAAUAUAAUGUAAUAUACACACAAUCCAGAAAAUGGACCGGUUUCAGUAAUUCUCCCUUUGAGUUAAACAAUGUACAAAUAGGUGUGCGUAGGUAGGUAUUUUAGUACAUGCAAUCCAUUAAAGCUGCACAUUCACCGUCUGGGGAAUUUGAAUAACUUGCAAACGUGACUUUAACUUACUUGAAUUUGCUCCUUGCAGAUGCCAGCAUCUUUUUGCGGCCGACUCUCUUUAAAGCGCCAAGAGCCGAUGUCACUGCUGUACUCUUGCGAGAUCUAUGUAGGAGACCCCAGGAUCCUCCAUAGAUGGAGCCAAUUCCCUCCAGCCAUUACUUGUGAUGGCUGGGGGAUUGACACUUCUAGAUACUCUUGACCAGUGCCUCUUUAAAUCCACUUGUACAAGUGCUUUUCAUUCUCAUGCUUCGUUAGUUCAGUAUGUUUUUGCAAAUUGGGUUCCUGUAAUGUAUAACAUUUGCGAAACCAUGGGCACAUUCUCACUUACAUAAACACACUAGCAGUCAUGCCUUGGCACAUGUUAACACAUACAGACUCACUGGUUUACAGUUUUCUCUCAAUCAGUGACCCAUUUGUGGCACAUGCCUGCAAACAACCCCACACAGUGCACCAUGAGGUCGAUGCAGUGGGGCAACAGCUGGUUAGCCCAAAUUUAGAGCAGCUUGGGGGAAAUUGACCUUCCUGUGACCAACAUAAGCAGCGGGCCUAAGUUUAUUACCCUGCUGAAAGGGCAGGUCUGUUGUAUUUAUUUAUAAAAAUAUUUUACCAGAAAGGAUACAUUGAGAUUUCUAUCCUUUUCAAGUAUGUAUUGGAUCUCUAAGUAUGUUAUUUUGUUUUGAAACUGCAAUUGUAAGGAAAAGGGUUCCACUCUGUGGUUUUACAGAGAUCGUCUUGAACCUAACCCACUAUAUUAGCACUGUAUACUAUAUUAAUGCACUCCUGAUAUAAGGAGACAUCAGUUAUAAAUUGCUUUGUUCCAGUAGACCCAGUUAACGUACCCAUGACACGUCACUUGCUCUUUUUUCAGUUACAAUACUUCCACAGACAAACUUGAUUAAAGCCCACAAUUUCUAAUAACCCUGUUGUAGUAGAUUGCUGAAGCUAUUUCACACUUUCUUACACUUUUGCUUAACAUAUGUUCUUAUACUACUUGUAUGAACCUGUUCUAAGUUGUCCAAUUAAUGGUUCGGCUUCUGAGCUUGACAGAUACUUGAUGCUACCAUGUUUGUCUAGAUACCUAGGUCUCCAGAAAUUUUAUUUUAUUUAUUUAUUUUUUUAAAUCCAUACUUGAUGAACUCUAAGUUGUAUAAUGACAUGACUAUUGUAGCGUUCAUCAAGAGUUUAGCAAUUUGAUAACUAAAAAUCAAAGCGUUGUAAACAGAAGCCCAUGGACUUGGCUUUUGUUCAUAUCCCAUAUUGGAAAGUUAUUUACCCGUUGUUGGAUUUUCUCUCUUCCACCUUUACCUCAUAUCUUUCUUUCUGCUCUUUCUCUGUUUUGCUGCACAGAGGAAUCCAAGGAAGGUGAGGUUUUCUGAAAUAUAUACACACGCUUACUCUAAACGUCUUUAUAUGGAACUUUGUAGCUAACCAACCACUCCAUGUUCCAGGUAAUAUCCAAACUAUAUGAAGUAUGUAAACGUCGGCUGCCUCGCCGGGCUGUCACUUCAACGCAGAGACACAGAAUGUUGGCAAACAAUAACAAGAAGAAAAACUAAGCAGUAUUUCAACCUCUUUGUUUCUCUGAAAAAUCUUUACAUAUUUAAUAAGAGACAAAACCUACAAGUACCUGGUUCCUAUAGGGCAUGCUAUUGCACAUCUGUCCAAAUCUAUCUCACCAACACUGGAAUAAAAAAUACAAAAUGGCACCUUUCUUGAGAGGUGGAAAUGUCAAGGUUUUGUAGCAGCACAAUUUGUCACUAUCUAAUUGUAUCAUCUGUGUGGUUUUGACAUUCAUUCAUUCAUUUAUUUGUUUCACUUUACCAUGUGCAUUUAUUUACCUUCAGGUAUAAAACUCCAUUCAUGACAUUUUCUUCAUUUGUUUCUCUUCCAUAUUUCCAUUUUCCAGCUGUUGAAGCCAAUGAGCGACACUUUGAUGGAGGAUAACAUAAGACAAACUGUGACAAACUCCAUCAAGGCAGGUCUUACAGAGCAAGUGACUCAAGCGGCACGGCUAAAGACAGACUGACAGUCCAUCUCUCCAGCUGCAGCCUUUCUUUCCCCAUUGCUUGUUUGAACAAUGAGAACUCGGUAAAACCACAAACCAAAGUUUACAAUUACCACCAUAGAUGUAAUAUAACCAGGCUUAUUGAAGUGCUGCCACUGGUAUUUUAUUCCCCCCAGGUUAAGCUACCUACAGCUUGCUGUAAGACUGUCGUGAAAGGUUCUUGGCCUUUUUGUGCCAGAAGCAUCAUCUUCCCUCUAGCACGGAGAGGUUAAAUUAUUGCAGACAUUGUGCCAUGUUUAUUUUUCUUUUCUUUUUUUUUUUUUUUUUUUUUUUUUUUUUUUUUUUUUUUUCCUGCUAAGUGACAUGAUCUACUUUUAACUAAAUGAAUGUAGUUUUUUUUUUUUCUCUGUAAUUUUAUUUACUAUUUAUAAUUGUACGCUUUCAAGAAUGACAUAUGAUCGAGGACUAUCAAGUAUACUGUAGCUGGGUUACUAAGAAAUCUACCAGUUAAUUCACUGCCUUUUUUGUUUCUUUCCUUCAUACUGUAUGUACAUAAAUGGCAUGUAUUUAGAGAUGUUUUCCUGAAAACAUUGCCUUUUUUUAAUCCACAAACCUGUCCUACUAUAGGUACAUAUCAGGGGGAGGGCCUGAGUGUUUUCCUGUUUAGCCUUCAUGUAUAUACAACAUGCCAUUAAUUUUAUUGGGGGGGAUGGGAGGGAUGUUUUAGGGUUUCAGUCCAUCAAGAAGCCGAGCCUACAGCUAUAGAAGCUCCAAUCAUCUGUACAGCAUUAGCUAUUUUCUAUACAAAAUCUGAUAGGGCAUGUAUAUGACAUAUAAAUAAUAUAAAUACCAAUUUUGUAACAAGUUUUUGUAGUCCAUGCCAAAUACUGGUUCUGUUGUAGGCUAAGUGAAGUCCCUGCACAGGGAAUGUCUGUGGCUCAUGUAAAUGUGUGAAUGCAUAAACCAAUCUGACAUUUUGAUAUAUUUGUGAUAUUUACUGCCUUGAACCACUGCUGUCUCACCGUGUUAGGUGAGAAAAUGAGCAUUUUUUUUGUUGUGAAUCUUUGUCCUGUUUAAAGAAAAAAAAUAAAGCUGUUUCCUGUAAUUUAUUUCCAGUAAAAUUAAAAACCGUUGUAUAUAUGGCACAUAUAAAACCUUGUGCUGGCUUUUUUUUUCUUCAUUACAGGGGAAAUAGUCGGAUUCAAUAAAGUAAACAUUUCAGUUAACAAA